GGAGGCGGCGGCGGUGCCCGCAGAACGCGCUGCCCGUCCCUCGCAGCCUCCGCGCCCGCCCGCUUGCCUCUGUCUCUCUGGGCCCCGCGGCUCCGGGCAAGAGGCCGGCUGCGUCCCUGGAAAGGCAGUGGCCGGAGCCAGGGCUGACCGGGCAGGUGAGUGCCACCGAAGCGGGCGAAGGUUGCCGGGCGAGCCUGGCUCUUGGAGACGAGCGGAUGGAGGCUCGGGGGGAGAAAUCGGGGUCCAGACGCGCGUUGACGCUUCACGUGUGCACCCGCUGGUUGCGUGUGCAUACGCAUCCCGGAGAAAGCUGCCUUCACUCGAGUCAGUGUUGUCUACACUGGCCGGCAGGGGCUCUCCAGAAUUUCAGGCUGGGAAUAUUCCCAGCACUACCUGGAGAUGCGGUGUGUGUGUGUGUGUGUGUGUUUUGAUCUGGGACCUUCUGUUUGCAAAGCAGGUGAUUGCAUUAAUUAACCCUGGAUAACUAGAACUGCAAAUGUGCAUUUUUAAAACAGCAAUUCUGCGCUACCUGAAGCGUGCAUUGAUUGAAUCUGGCGUGUGUGUGUGUUGGGGACCCAGCUCUUGACAAUUUAUUAAUUGACCUAGCUGAGAGCAAUACCACAAUUAUUAUUUACUUUAUUUGCACCUACAUCGUAUGGCUCCAGCAGAAAGGGUAGGGGAAAGAUGCGAGGUUGCUCUCCAUCUAUGUGCAAUAAGAGAGGGGAGGGGGGAACUUCACAACUAUGCGAUGUUGGGCAUGCAGUUGUCUGCUGGGGGAGAGAUUUGUGCUGGAAGCUAGGAAUAGCGGGCUUCUCUGGAGUGCGACAUGUUUAAAGCUCAAAAUGCAUACAGGUUUUUCUGAGGAAUCCAGCGUCCUGGCAUUCCACCCGUGUUCAUUGCUGGAGCUAGGAUUUUGCUAAUGUAGAAGACAUUUAGUACCAUGUCACAUGUCUGAGGGACUUCAUUCCAGCUUUAUCUCAUCCUGCUAUUUAUUGCUCCUGUUAUUACCAUUGAUUUAUUAAUUGCCUUCUGAACCGCCAUCUCAAGGUGAUAAUGAAAAAAACCACUUCUAAGUUUAUUGUGUGUUAGGGUUUCAUGUACAAAGUGGGAUGUUAUUUCGUGUGGUUUUUUUCAUGGGGGGGGGAGUGGGGGAGAGAACGGAGGGGGGGCCUUCACCCAAGUGUCAGUGCUGAAAAUGUAUGUAUGUUUGUAUGUCGGUGGCUUUCUCCUUUUCUGUUGGUAUAUAAUAGGGGAAAUCAAGUUUAUAUAACAUGCCUAUAUGCAUAGAUUAAAUAACCACUGAUGGGAGAGAUUAUAGUAAUUGUAUCACCUCCAGGAAGGGCAGUAGUUUAGAGCUGUUUGCUUGGAGCUAAAAGCACAUGUAUCCUUGUUCCUUCUGCAGGAUAGGGGAGAGGAGGAGAUGAAGAUCUGAUGUGACUUGAUCACACACUGGUCCCUGUGUUGGUUAAUUAAAUAGCAUAGCAGCAAAGAAGAGAGAUGGAAGAGUUUUCAGACCAGCAAGCUCCUGUUCUCUAUAUGGUCAUUAUCAAUGGUUUAUUAGCUAUUUAGUGUCACUGUUAGAGGUGAAGUGGGGGGCGCAAAUCGACCCUUCUGGAAAAGCUGAAGUGGCUCUGCUUUCUCGGAGUUCUUUAGUUAUGCAAGUCCAUGUGUUGUAGAGCGUCACACUUGGACCAGGUAGGCACAGAUUCGAAUCCCCAUUCAUUCACUUGAACCCACCCAAAUUGGCCAUGUGGAAGGUUCAGGAAUGGCAGUGCAAAUAGCUCAGUCGACAGAGCAUGAGACUCUUAAUCCCAAGGUUGUGGGUUCGAGCCCCACGUUGGGUGAAAGAUUCCUGCAAUGCUGCAGGGGGUUGGACUAGAUGACCCUUGCAGUUCCUCUGCAUAAUCAGGCCCAGUAUACCUGAAGGAGCGUCUCCACCCCCAUCAUUCUGCCCGGACACUGAGGUCCAGCGCUGAGGACCUUCGGGCGGUUCCCUCAUUGCGAGAAAUGAGUUUACAGGGAACCAGACAGAGGGCCUUCUCGGUAGUGGCGCCCGCCCUGUGGAACGCUCUCCCAUCAGAUGUCAAAGAGGCAUCUUCAGAAGACAUCUUAAGGCAGCCCUGUUCAGGGAAGUUUUUAAUGUGUGACAUUUUAAUGUAUUUUUAAUCUUUGUUGGAAGCCGCCCAGAGUGGCUGGGGAAACCCAGCCAGAUGGGUGGGGUACAAAUAAUUUAUUAUUAUUAUUAUUAUUAUUAUUAUUAUUAUUAUUAUUAUUAUUAUAUGAUUCUGCAGUAGUUCUUUGUGCAGUGAAGGGCAGUGCGAAACGAAGGCAUUUGCUCCCACAAGAGGUUGUGACGACCACCAGCUCGGUUGGCUGUUAAAAGAUGAUGAGAGAAAUUCAUGGAGGAUUGGACUAUGAAAGAUUUCUAGGCAGAGAGUUGAGAGGGACCUUGAAGAUCUUCUAGACCAACCCCCUUUAAUGCAGGAAUAUGCAGACGUCCCAUACAGGGAUCGAACCUGCAACCUUGGCUUUAUCAGCACCACACUCUAACUGAGCUAUGCAGGCUCUUUCACUGUCAGAUGGGGUAUGUCUCAUAAUACCAGCUGCUGGGAAUCACAACUGGGGAGGGUGCUGUUGUGCUUGGUUUCUGCCUUUGGGCUUCCCACAGGCAUCUGGUUGGCUCCAGUGAGAACAGGAUGCUGGACUAAUUUUUCUGGUCUGUUUUGAACCAGCCAACCUAACCUCCUCACAGGACUCUGUUGAAGAUGAAAUGAGAAGUCUUGUGUCUGUCAGCUUGAACCUUUUGGGAAGAGACUGGGCAACUCGGGAUAUAAAUGUACGUUUCAACUUAGCUCACAUUGGGCAUUUUGCAAGAAUAGUGCAAAAAUUGUUGCAAGAGGUAGGAAGCCAGCCAUAUUUUGCUGGUAUAGAGUCAUCACCUUUUGGGGGUCUGUGGUCAGACUUGACAUAAUCUUCCUUCGCUCCUAUGGUUCACAGCUGCACAUGGAGCCAUAGCUGUCAACUUUUCCCUUUUCUUGCAAGGAAUCCUAUUCGGAAUGAGGGAAUUUUCCUUUAAAAAAAGGGAAACGUUUACAGCUAUGCAUGGAGCCAGUUGCCAAGUUCAUCUUUUAAGUUCCAAAUGGCUUCUGGGCACCUGAAUUUUUGCACAACUGUUUCUCUCUCUCUCUCUUUUUAAUUACAUUUUAUUAAGGAUUUUUUGUGUUACAAAGCAGGGAAAGCUACACCUAUCGCCUCCGCUUUCAAUUCACAGUCUUUUUCACAGUUCAUUUACAUUUAGUGAGAGACACUUUUGUCAUAAACACACACAGUGUUCCCAUUACUGCUGACAACAUUGGUUAAAAUCCUGCUACCGGAACAUCACAAUUCAGGUGCCACAAAGGCGCCUGACAUUGUCUCACUGACAUGCCCCCCCAUAAGCAAUGGGGAGAUGACCUGCUCUUAAGCAAGUCCCCCCCCCCAUCAUUGAGACACAGGACCAAUCGGCUGAAAGCCAUGUGGUCCAAACUACCCCAAACAAUGCUAUUUCCCCACUAAUUGUUUCUUUCUCUAGCCCAGACGUACAGCCCGGAAUAGAUGCAAAUCUAUAAAUAAUGACAUGCAUAUUUUAGAACCUGGGUAACUUGUGCGGUAAUACAGAGAGCAGAAUGAGCAGGCUAAUUCUGCAGCUGGGCUUGUGGCGGUGCUUUGCCAAGGCUUUUGGUGGUGCACUGGAAAAAGCGAGCUAUGCUCCUCCAGCAGCAAAACAGCAUGAGAAUCUGCAGAACAACAACAACAGCCCACAGAGUCCUUUGCAACUUCAUUGCCACCCAUCAAUCACAGUGACAUCCCUGCUAGCCAUUCGCGGAAGUCACAAAUCAACGUGCGUUGAUGGCACUGAGAUAAUGUUACAGAGCUCUCUCUUUCUCAUGUACACACACAAAGAGAGAGUGUUCGUAAGGAAGAAGAACCUAUCACACAGCUUUCCCUUCCAGGCUAUGGAGAUAGCUCAGGCCUCGACACAGUUGCAAGCAUAAGCUACAGGCUAUCCAUGAGCAGUUUGAGUCCCAGUGUGGUUCCCCCCUGAGCAUUCACCAAACUGCAGACAACAUACAUUUGCAUCCCUUCUGUGUGUGGGAACAAGCCCUUUUGAAUGGAGAGAUAUAAGGAAGGGCCAAUGUCACAGUAAUAAUGGCCCCGGAGGCAACGUCAGCACCUUGCUGGCAGUUCUGUGGAAGAGUAGGCUUCAGUCUUCCUGGGAGAUGUUGGGAGAAACCACACAGGGUCUUCAUUUUGGGUGUCCAAAGGGCCACCAUAAUUUCAGAGGGGAGCUGGAGAAGCAGUGAGAUUGGGAGUCUCCUGUGUCACAACCUCCCCAUGCUGGAGCAGACAGGAGAGAGAAAGAGGGAGAGGCAAGGAAGGAUUAGGGAAAGGGUCCCUAGCUCUGUGGUGGAACAUCUGCCCUGUAUGCACAAGGUCCCAGGUUCAAUCCCUGAUGGGAGAGACUGCUGCCUGAAACCCUGGCAAUCAGGCUUCUGCCAGCCAGUGAUGGCAAUACUGAGGGCACUAGUGGUCUGGCUAGUGGUCUGGCUCUGUGUAAGACACCUUCCUGAGUUUCUGUGAUAGGAAACUUUGUAGACACCAAGAGUCUGAUGGAGCCUCUGACUACCUGCCUGCCUUCCAUGAAAUCCAGGACUCGCUGUGCUAUAUAGCCCAGUACUGAAGCUGCCCUAUGUGAGAGCAGCGAAACAGCUCAAGCUUAUCAUGUAAGAAGCUCCCAAGUCUGAUCCUUGACUACAGAUGUCCAUGAAAAGGGGAUGGGGAUCACUACCUGAGACCCAGAGCCUCAUGCAACAACUGUCUAAGUUAUGGUGGGGAACCUACAGUUCCCUAGGAUUCUUUAGAGAAAGUCAGAGUGUGGAUAGUAUAGCCAGUAGAGCCAGUGUGGUGUAGUGCUUAAGAGCGGUAGACUUGUAAUCUGGUGAACCGGGUUCACGUCUCCGCUCCUCCACAUGCAGCUGCUGAGUGACCUUGGGCUAGUCACACUUCUCUGAAGUCUCUCAGCCUCACUCACCUCACAGAGUGUUUGUUGUGGGGGAGGAAGGGAAAGGAGAUUGUGAGCCGCUUUGAGACUCCUUCAGGUAGGGAUAAAGCGGGAUAUCAAGUCCGAACUCCUCCUCCUCUUCUUCUCUCAUCUAUUUUUCAGCCAUGUGUAGGUUUGGUAGCUCAACAUUUCAUGUUUGCAAGCUGAAAUGAUGUUCCAGUUCUGUCAUUGACACGUGUGUGUGUGUGUGUGUGUGUGAGAGAGAGAGAGAGAGAGAGAGAGAGAUUUAGACUUAAACAUCAAAACAUAACUGCUACUUUUUCAAAACCACACCAGUAGCUUUCUUGCAGCAGAAAGUUGACUUUUCUUUUCUAUUUUUUCCUACCUCCCACAUUUCCAAUGUUGCUAUUUGGUUUUAUUUCCUUCUAGCAGCCUGACACCAGAAUUUCAGUUUCAAUGUGUGAAAUUCUUUGGAAUGCUCAACAAGAGCAGCAGCAGGUUGCAUGAGACGUCGGUUUGAAAUGCACAGUGGCACAUAAGCUGACUUCUGGCUAGAUGGAUUAUUUUUUUUUAAGGGGGGAUAAAAGGAUUGAAGUUUUCUUUCUGUGCAGUGAGAAAACCUGCCAGUCUUAGCAUUCGCCUUUCAGGUAAACAAUGCUCCGUUUGUUUGAUCCCAUUAUCACAGUGAGGGUUUUGAACUGGGUUUAUUUCUUUUCCCUUUGUCCAGGUCACCUGCCCAAAUGGGAAAUGGGUCAGUGAAACACAAGUACCUGAAGAGGCCAGACAGUCAUGUGGGAAACUGCCCUCUGGGCUGCUCAGGGAGCAGCAAGUUCUUGAAAGACCCAGGACUGAACAUCAGUACCAUCACAGGUGCGGCGGAUAUUCUGAGGAGCAAGAUUUGGGAGCUUGAGAGGGAGUUGAAGAGGCAGGAGGAAGAGCUCCACGAGAGGAACUACCACAUCAUCGAGCUGCAGGAGCAGCUGGCGAAGCAAACCCGGACCAUUGCCGACCUCACCGAAGAGCUUAAGUGCAAAUGCAUCCAGCUCAACAAGCUGCAGGAUGUUGUGGACACCCAGGGGGCAAACCCCUUCCUGUUCUCCCCUCUUAAAGAAGCGCCCAGGGCCAACCAUGCAGCCCCCUGCAGCAACAGGAGGAGAGGCGCGAAGGAAGGCGUGUCUGCAGAGCCCACGAGCCGGACGUACGACUUGAGCGAGCAGCCUCGCUUCUCCUUCGAAAAGGCGAGAGUCAGAAAGGCCUCAAGGUGAGAGGGCACACUGUGCUGCGCUGGGGCGAUUGGUGUGCACACCAAAGUAUGCGUAGCUAGGUGCAUCCUUCACAGGGUGGGUUUGAUUUAAGUCAAAUCGAUUUAAAUCAUGAUUUAAGUCAAAUCGAUUUAAAUCAUGAUUUAAGUCAAACUGAUUUAAAUCAUGAUUUAAGUCAAAUCGAUUUAAAUCAUGAUUUAAAUCACUAGUCAGUAAGACUUGAUUUUAAUCUCUUUUUUUUACAGAAAGACUCAUUCUUGCUGGUAUAAUCUUAAUAUUCACAACCAGGUGAAGGUUUUAUUUAUUUAUUUCACUCAAACAAGAACAUUAUAGCAUAUGUAUCCAUGUUUGUUAACUGAUGUGGUUAAACGAUUUAAAAAAACAACAACAACAAACCCCUUAGACUGAGUUUUAGCAAACAUGAAAAACUUAAAACAAAUCCCUAUUUCCUGAUGAAUAGCCUUUGGACUAUAAUGUAACCACAAUAGAAAACUAUCUUUAGAAAGAUUUUCCCCCCAAAAGCAUUUCAUUUUUAAAAUCUGAUUUAAAUUUUUAAAAAUCUGAUUGAAAUAAAAAAAAACUAUUUAAAUAAAAAUCUUUUUAAAAAAAAAAUCAUUGAUUUUUUAUGCACCCUGAUCCUUCACAGGAUACUUGCCUGCUGCUGUGAUAGCUGUAAGUGUGUGAGACAGUUCUAAUGCUGCGGUUUUAGAUGCACGCUUCUGGUUGUUUAUAUAAUUUGGGCAAGGAGCCAGUAGACUACCACAAAUGUGUGUGGAAGUUUGAAUGCCUCAUACGGACAGAUUUGCCCCUAUCCCUCUGAUUCCCCUCCCUGUCUGCCGUUGAGCAGCUGAAAGGGGCGAAGGCUCUGAGUUUGUGCAGAGGAAUGCAUUUGCAGCCGCCUCCUCUCUAAGAACAUUUGCUGCAAGAAGAGCAAUGGAUCUGGGGCAGGAAAAGAUUGCACCACAAUGUGCCCUGGGCUUUCAUAGCUGGCAUGGGCUUUCAGAGCGGCCUUGGGAUCACACUGCCUCGCUGUACUUUGUUGUUUAGUUAAGAGGUAUACCUUGAGCGUAAGAGAAUGCCUUUUUUGUUCAUGCUGCCACAGCAAAGCUAUAAUUCUUCGGAGCACAGAUGACGAGAGAAAAGGAGCGUCUGUCUCUGAGGAACUUGCCUAUAGUUGGACAAGAGGGAAAGGCUGGGGUGGGGUGAGAAACAGCUUGUGUGCAAGGCUUGUGAACUAGUGCAUGUGAGACUUCAGUACUCAUGAACAGGAGUCCAAAAUGGGGAGGUGGUGGUUGGUGCUCCCCUCAAUAAUGCCCAUUUGGUGUUUGCAAAUGGGUGUGGUAGAUUACGCUUAAAUGUGUGUCUUAAACUGUGUGUUUGUUUAUUGCCCAUCAAAUUUAUUUCUGGAUUUAUUUCUGGAAUAAUAGUGCUGGCUGUGCACAACAGACAGGUUUUUCUGGAUGGUGCCUGUUACUGCGCAGAAAGAAACUAAACCCAGGCUUUCAAAUACCCAUUCAUCUGUUGCCCUUCUAAGAAUUGCUUUCAGACCCUGAAGCAGAGAAGCGUUUGUAAACUGGGAGAGUUUAUUCUUUUCUUCUCAGGUCCUCGGUACACCACAGAUGGCUGGCAUAGGUCUGUUUGAGCAGAUAGGCUAGUAAGAAUUCAUGUGCACUAAAGACUUUUGAUGUUGUAUCAUUCUGUUCCAGGACACACUAUCAAUUAAGGCACUCAUUUUCUUUUUUGUCUUCUUCCCCACUCACUAUGCUCUUCUGGAACUGUUCUUUAAGGCUGCCUCAUUCACUCCAGAAGCAGUUCCUAGGUCUCAGCACUCACAGACUUUGUGAGACUAUGUCUCACCCAAUUAAGGCAGUGUCCAAAACUACUUCUAGUAUGUUGACUAGAGCCUAUUUUAGACAGAGCAUUGAAUGGGCCUUUUCAGUGGUGGCUCCCUGGUUGUGGAAUUCUCUCCGGGGAGACUCACAUGGCACCAUCUUUAUCUAUUUUUAAGAACAAGAAAAUUGUUUUCCCCUUUUCCCUGGGCUUUGCGCCUUUAAUUUGAGCAGUUUCAAGUACUUGUCACCUCUUUUUCGUGGGAUAGGUUUCGUAAGACCUGUCAUUUAUUUGUAUGGAUGUGGUUUUUUAGGUUUUUAUUGUGUGGUUCAUUGUACUCAGUGACUAAAUAAUAAUAAUAUAAUAUAAUCACUUUUUUGAAGAGGGAAGCUGGUGGCACACUUGUUAGAUGUAUAUUUUUGGUAAGACAAAAGCAGUUUCAGCUUAAAACAGGCUAUGCACUGCAAGAAUUAGGAACUAGGAACUAACAGUUGCAUUUUUUUAUUGUCUGCCAUUGCCUCCAUUUAGGGCAUUGGGAUUUUCAGAGACUCAGUCCCAGUUCUUUGGCCACAAGUAUUCAGCACCAUUGUAGGGAAACUGGAGCACCAUUGGUCCUCUGGGUCACAAACAUAUCCUUUGUCCACUAGUUAUGGAAAGAGGCUAUGACUCUUGUGGGUUAUAACUGAAUUUGCAGUGCAAUUAGCUCUGGAAACUACAUAAUGAAAUUCUGCUGCAGUUUGGAUUCCACUGGAAAGAAACUCAAAUCUGCAUGGUAAAGCAAGGAAGAUUCUACAAUAGCAGGUUUUUAUUUUCCCCUUUGGGGCCUUUCCCCAGGAGCUUCAGAUAGAGCAAUAAGGUGGAUAGCUGCUCACCACCUGAUGUUAACAGCAUUAAAUUGCCACUGGCCACAUGAGAGAGCCAUAGACAAGCAGGUAUUUUUUUCCAGUUUCCUAACCUUGCACCCUCUGCCGUUUCCUUUGAAUUAAGAUUAAAAGGGGCGUUAUAGGUGCCAGGAAGCCACCUUUCAAACAUUUGAGAAAUCUUGCUUCUCAUAUCAAACCAAAACAGUUGUAUACCUCUAGUGUGUGUAGCAAGUCAGAGAGUUUAAAUGCAUGGGCUAAAUGUAUAACAAAAGCCUAAGCGAUAGGGCUGUUAAUGUGGUAAAUAAUAAUUAUAUGGAUUAUUAGGCUCUUGUGCUUUUAUUUGGAACCGAAAAUAUAAAAGGAAACAAGUUUCUUUGCCCUGGAUUUUACGACAUUAUGGUUUCACAGUGACAUAAUUCUAAGAGUUCUGUGUCCCUUUCCCAAAGCCAGAUUCUGAGACUAAAGGGAGGUAAGCAACUUCCUUGAGACUUGAACACUCCUAUUUCAGACAGCAAACAAGCAGGAAGAGUAUGUUUACUUCACCCUAAGAAGAAAGCUCAGAGCCUAGGACUUGCCGAUCAGAAGGUUGGCGGUUCGAAUUCCCGUGACGGGGUGAGCUCCCGUUGCUCGGUCCCUGCUCCUGCCAACCUAGCAGUUCGAAAGCACAUCAAAGUGCAAGUAGAUAAAUAGGUACUGCAGCGGGAAGGUAAACGGCGUUUCCGUGCAUUGCUCUGGUUCGCCAGAAGCGGCUUAGUCAUGCUGGCCACAUGACCCAGAAGCUGUACGCCGGCUCCCUUGGCCAAUAAAGCGAGAUGAGCGCCGCAACCCUAGAGUCAUCUGCGACUGGACCUAAUGGUCAGGGGUCCCUUUACCUUUAAGAAGAAAGUUCAGAACAUCUCAGUCCCUCUGCCAUUAGAGACCUACUAAAUGCAACACACCAAACUGGGGGUGCAAUUCAGUCAAUGGCAUACAAUACUGCAAGGGACAGGAUGUGUGAAUAGCCAGCGAUAGUUAGUAAGGUGUGAGUGAUAUUACGCUCCUGAGCUGGCCAGCUGCAUUCUUCCUGUCGAAAUGGCUUAACAUUUGCAUGGAGAAAAUAUGGGGGUUGGCCAAGAGACAGCAUGCUUGUUCAGACGACAAGGUGCAGCAGACCUCUUGCUCUGUUCAUUGGCUUGCGGACUCACCAGUGUUGAGCUGGAGACUAUUUUUAAAAAGAAGCCAGAAUGUCAAGCUUGCCAGACUAGUCAUUAGAGCCAACAGUAAUCUGGUCCAUCAUUUGGUGUUUUGCUCUGUAGAUGCCAAUAAAAGGUCAUUCUGUCCCAUCAUCUCUAAGGGACAUGGCUUAUAGUGACAGAAGUGCCAAUAAAUUCAUGUGGUUAAUAAAUUUAACAGUUUAAUGCUGGAAGGGCCAUUGCAUGCAGAUAGGCACAAGUUCAAUUCCGUGUUGGCUGAAAAUACCCCCAGUCUGAAACUCUGGAGAGCUAUUGCCAACCAGUGUAGAAAACACUGGGUUCGAAGGACCGAUAUCCUCAAUUUGUAUAAGGCAGCUUCCUAUGUACCCCGUGUUUCAAAGUGGCAUGUCCAUUUCAUUCCUUGUAAAUACGAAGGGUGAAUGUAUAGGCAUGCAGAGAACCUUGCAAUCUAGUCAGAUGAUCUUUCGGCUAUUGCUACAAGCCUGCAAAAUUCCCCAGGCAAUUCCGACUUUUUCCACUCGCUUUGGUAUUGAUUGACCUGAAAGCACAGCAAGCUGCGACCUCUCUGAGAUGCUCACUCGCAUCCUCCUGCUCCACACAGUCCAGUCUAGUCUUGCAUAAUAAGCUCUCUCCACCAUUCACUCUUGUGAAAAGUGAAUGAUUGCAGUCAUUGGAUUUUUGCCUAUCACAUGAUGGUGUAUGUUUUGAUUCCACAAAGUGGGAGGUGACAGAGACAGGAUGUUUGUGUUACUGUGUUCCAUGGACUAUUGUCCUUUGUUCUUUCUCUUUGCUGUCUGAUGCUAGAGAGAGAGGGAGCCAUGUUGCAGUGCUCCGUGUGUGUUUAUAUGUAAAUAAAGUAGAUUAGCCAAAAUGCUGAGUUGCUGAGGUCUGUUACGCAAGCUGCAAAGACUCUGAGGAUCCCUAAGUGUGCCGAUGUCUGUUGGCAUCGGUCGCUGUGAUGUUCGGGCUGAAGAAAGCUUUUGAAGCUCCCAAAUGAUCGACCAGGAAGGAGAGAACAUGCUAGUCUGGCAUGUGUCUCUAUCAGGGUCCUGCUCGAGUAGGUCCAUGAUUCCAUCCUCAAAGAGCUACAAAGGGAUCUGUUUCCCUUGUCAAGGGAAGCUGUUGUCACUGAAUGUUUGCUAAGCCCGUCUUUCAAAUGUAGUUAUUAUAGGCAUUUUUUUAAAAUACUGUCCUUCAUGCAGAAGACCCCAGGCAAUCCCUGUCAUCUCCAGUCAUAAAGGAACUUGGAUAUUAGCACUAGGAAAUCCCAUAAACCUUGGGGCACCCCUGCGGGUCAGAGCAGAUGAUAUUAAACUAGGUAGCACAAUGGCCCAACAGCUCCAUUUUUCUCCGCAUCUUCCCCCUCCUGGAAAAAGGCAGUGCAGUGUAGUGCAGUCUACACAACCGAACAGCAAAGCACAAAAUGCAACCAGCAGGUUGUCUACUGCCAGGGCAGGUGCCAAAUUCUGAUUUUCUUACUUGUGGGGAAGGGCGAGUAAGAAAUCUAAAUGAUACGAAUAUAUUCUGGAGCCCAAGGAAGAGCGCCUGUAGGACAUCAAGGGAAAAACCAAGAUAUGUUAUGAAAAAAAUGAAGUUGGUUUUUAUCUCAAGCUACAGUUAUUAGGUUGGAUUUAGCAGCUUCCCUCCCACCCCAACUCCCCAAGCAACAGCGACUGAGCUCGAAAUGUCUUCCAAACAACAGAUCCCCUUCCAAAACAUGUCAUUAUCACUGAGAUGAGUGCCAGAGCGACCCAGCCCGUCGUAAAACAGAUCUGGCUUUUGAAGCACAUUCCUGGUGUGUUUGAAAACAUAGCCUAUGAAAUAGAAGUACAGUGGUACCUCGGGUUAAGUACUUAAUUCGUUCCGGAGGUCUGUUCUUAACCUGAAACUGUUCUUAACCUGAAGCACCACUUUAGCUAAUGGGGCCUCCUACUGACGCUGCGCCGCCGGAGCACAAUUUCUGUUCUCAUCCUGAAGCAAAGUUUUUAACCCGAGGUACUAAUUCUGAGUUAGCGGAGUCUGUAACCUAAAGCGUAUGUAACCUGAAGUGUAUGUAACCCGAGGUACCACUGUACUAAUAAAUAAAAUGUACAGUUUGCAGCAGCCCUGUUUGAACUUCGAACUAUACAUAGCUGUCACGAACGGUAUGGCCUCGUCCAGUGUAUGAAUGGGGAUAUUUCUCCACUCGUAGAUUGCUGAAGAAGGAUAGCAAAAGUGUUAGAGAACAUGAUAAUAAUUACAAUAAAGAUCAGGAAGGGAAUAAAUAAAGGAAGGGUUGCUCUAUUCUCACCCCACAUUUUCUCACCCCUGGUCCUGCUAGCUAGGGAUCUUGGGAGUUGUAGGCCAAAAACAUCUGGAGGGCUGAGGUUGAGGAAGCCUGGUCUAAGCAAUAAUAAGUUCUCACAACAUCUACUUUUUGUAGCCCAGAACAUCUGGAGGACACCAGGUUGGGGAAGCUGCCUUAGGAAGUGUGAGGCUAAAUCAAAUGGAAGCUGGUUGUCUCUUCUGCCACUCAACCAGGCAGAGGGCCUUCUCUGUAGUGGCACCCGGCCUGUGGAACGCCCUCAAAGAAAUAAACAACUAUCUGACUUUUAGAAGACAUCUGAAGGCAGCCCUGUUUAGGGGAGUUUUUAAUGUUUGAUGUUUUAUUGUGUUUCCAAUAUUCUGUUGGGAGCCGCCCAGAGUGGCUGGGGAAACCCAGCCAGAUGGGUGGGGUAUAAAUAAAUUAUUAUUAUUAUUAUUAUUAUUAUUAUUAUUAUUAUUAUUAUCAUCAUCGAGAGCCAGUGUGGUGUAGUGGUUGAGAGCGGUAGUCUUGUAAUCUGGGGAACCGGGUUUGCGUCUCCGCUCCUCCACAUGCAGCUGCUGGGUGACCUUGGGCCAGUCACACUUCCUUGAAGUCUCUCAGCCCCACUCACCUCACAGAGUGUUUGUUGUGAGGGAGGAAGGGAAAGGAGAAUGUUAGCCGCUUUGAGACUCCUUAAAGGGAGUGAAAGGCGGGAUAUCAAAUCCAAACUCUUCUUCUUCAUUAUUAUUAUUAUUAUUAUUAUCUCGUCUGCUACAAGAUUCUACAUGCACCCCACUGAAGUGAAUGGGAGUUGUAUAAGAGCAGCAUAAUGCACAACUCAGCUUCCGUUAAUGUCCAUGGGAUUAUGCAGGAGAGAUUCCCAGUGGAUUGUCCCUUUAAUUCCUUUAGUUUUUGCCUUGGCUUCUCUUAAUUCCUCAUUGCAAUUUUGUUUUCCAUUUUUCCUUCAGCUCUUGAUGUUUGAACCUCGUAAUUUGUGUUUCCCCCCCACUUCAAUAUCAUAUAAUGCAGGUGAUUGUCUACGAUUAUGCACCCACUAAUUACUACCCUGAGAAAAUUUAAUGGGGAAGCAGGGCGAAGUUUGUAAUUUUUGUUUCAUCAAUCAACGUUUAUAGGGAGAAAGUAACUGCGCCAGACGGGCCUUUAAUGGAGUUAAUGUUUCUUUAUGUUCCCAGCAAUAAAUAAGCACACCCGUGCAAAUAAAAAUUACAAAUUGAAUUGUUGGCAAUGGGAGUGGAGAGUAAGUUGAUAGGAAAGUAAUAAUUAGGAAAAGAAUAGACUAUACAUUUGGUUCAUUAGUGUAUAGGCUGCACGUAACAGUGGGUUGGAACAAAGAGCAAUUCUGUAUAGAUCCUUCAAGGCCCUUCUGCCAUGACCUUCUGCCAUGUGAGAGCAGCUACAGUGUGGCCCCCACUAGUGCAGGCAUGGCCAAACUUGGGCCUCCAGCUGUUUUGGGACUACAACUCCCAUCAUCCCUAGCUAACAGGACCAGUCGUCAGGGAUGAUGGGAAUUGUAGUCCCAAAACAGUUGGAGGGCCAAGUUUGGCCAUGUCUGCCCUAGUGGUAACAUCAGAUGGCCAGGACCAGAUGGGAGGUAGCCAAGUCUUGACCUCUCUUCCCCUUGGCAGCAGCAUCCCUCAUAGAAACUGGGCCAAUGCUGGUUUGGCACUCCAGCUAUUACCUUUGGUGCCUAGGGAGGAGACACAUUGCAGUUUCAUGUGAGGAGGCUAUUUCCUGAAGCUAGCCAUGCAACCAUCAUUGAGAACUCAGUAUACUGUUCAGAAACUAGUCUCCUCUUGGAAGCGGCAAGUUCUGUGAACUAAUGCACUCUCAUUCCCUUUCCCUUUCUCUCUCUCUCUCUCUCUCUCUCUCUCUCUCUCUCUCUCGUAUUUUGAUUUUUUCCUAUAGUGCUUUUAAGAUAUAACAGGAUCAGAUGGGGUGGGGGAAGUAAAUAUGGAAAACCAAGACAAUUAAGCCGUAGAAACCCCAUAAAUGGGGAAAACCAAAAUUCAGCUUGCAUGAGGGACCAUCGUCACGAGAGUGAAAUGUUAAGGUAGCCUGAAUUGGUCCCUUAGGGACCAUAUCUAAUGCAUUGGCCAGCUCUGUGGAAAUGUUUAAUAUUUGGGUCUAAUUAGGAAUUCCUGAUGUAAAGAAGAAAAAAACCCACUUAUGCAAGAUGGCAGUGGGGGUUAGCCUAUACUUAGAAAAUUGGUUUUCAGCUGAACAUUGUGACCUAUAUACAAUGUGAUUUGCUAGGCCUAAAGUUUCCUAAAUGCCCAAAGUUUCUAUUUCGGCCAGGAAACACGACGACUUCUGUGCUUCUGAUUUUAUUUUUCUAGGCUUUUAUCAUUGCCGUUCUUCGUUUUCAAGCUUGCUGCACAGGUAAUAAAGCAAAUGAAUCAAGCUGCAAAACAGGAAGUGAUCACUCACUCUUAAGGUGCCCUCUGGAGAUUUUGCAGCAAAGCCUCGUUCCCUGGGACAGUUUUACUUUGUUUUAUGAAUCCAAGUCGGAAGAGACCCUGGAGGGCUUCCAAAGUGCUGUGUUGAGAUUCGCUUCAUUAGAUGGAUGAGCCUCACACAGGCAAUAAUGAAGGCACUGCGUUCCGGGGCAAAGGUUGCCCUUCAUGUUAGCUAGAUGCAGAUUCAGAUCCCUUCAUUUGCAUAGGUCCGUAUAGUAAAAGCUAUGGUUUUCCCAGUAGUGAUGUAUGGAAGUGAAAGCUGGAGUAUAAAGAAGGCUGAUUGCCGAAGAAUUGAUGCUUUUGAAGUAUGAAGCUGGAGGAGACUCUUGAGAGUCCCAUGGACUGCAAGAAGAUCAAACCUAUCCAUUCUGAAGGAAAUCAGCCCUGAGUGCUCACUGGAAGGACAGAUCCUGAAGCUGAGGCUCCAAGACUUUGGCCACCUCAUGAGAAGAGAAGACUCCCUGGAAAAGACCCUGAUGUUGGGAAAGAUGGAGGGCACAAGGAGAAGGGGACGACAGAGGACGAGAUGGUUGGACAGUGUUCUCGAAGCUACGAACAUGAGUUUGACCAAACUGCAGGAGGCAGUGGAAGACAGGAGUGCCUGGCGUGCUCUGGUCCAUGGGGUCACGAAGAGCCGGACACGACUAAACGACUAAACAACAGCAAAAAUAUAUUUCAGUUUCUCAGUUUCUUGGGCUCAUGCAGUGCGUGUUUCAUGCAGUGUUGGUACGAAGAACCUGUGACCCUUUUGAUGUUGUUGUUCCAAUAACAUUUGGAGAGCUGCAGGUUCCCCCUCUUCACCUAAAGGGUGUUUCACACAGUUACUGUAAGGUAGCCGAUGGGUCUCAAACCCUCCGUGAGUUAGGGACUUCCCCUUUGUGCAAAGACAGGCUCUGGCAGAUUUUUGUGGACAAGACCAAUGGUGGGUCCAACGGUCAAGAAGGCGGUUUCUGCAUGUGCUGUAGAGGGAAGUCAGGGGCAGUUGGGGCUCAUCAACCUGGGAAGGUAGCCCAUGUAGGAGAAGGAAAACUCUGGUCCUAACCUUCCUCUGCCUUGUGGGACAUCUUUGGGAUAAGAAAUGCUAAAGAGCAAACCCUACAUAAAUCCAGACUUGAGUCCCUAAGAUGGUUGGAUGGCGUCUUGUACCCCUCCUUCCAGCAACUCCUGCAGCCAAGCUGGUGCCAAUCGUACUGCUCUGCUUUCCUUUGGACCACAUCAGGAAGGCCAUGCCUUCUUGUCAUUAGGAUAUUGAUGUUCCAUUCUGCCUUAAGAGGAACAGAUAUGUGUAGUUGUUGUAUGUCGCAAGUCUGUUUACUUCCAGCACAGUCUGCUGGGAACUUCCGUUGUAUAUUGCUUUUGCUAUGCCGCUGUUGUGCUUGAACACGAAGGGAAGCAGACAUGUUUUUCCUUUGUCCUGCUGUUGAAUAAAUGCUGUAAAUAUGCUUACACAUGUCUCUGUCUGCCACUUCCGUUGCAAAGAGUUCUUAUAUCUGUUGGCUUGCGUGCUUAAGCUUCUGAGGUCUUCUGAGGGUUGAGUCGCAGUUUUUGAUGCUGUUCCAAGAACCGGAGUUUCGCCCGGCUGCCAGCUGGUGGCUGGAGCCAGCUGGAGGCCCGCCAGUUGCCCCCAUCUCCUGGCAGCAUCCCAACAGUUGUCUGGGCAGUCCAGGACCUCCACACACAGGCUUGCACCCCUAGGAAGGUACUUGGGUGCUGCUAAUGCCGUGGUUUGACACCCAUUGUCUCUCAAGACAGAUGGAUGCCAACAACGCGGUAAGGUGGAGUGACUAACCUUCGGCUCUCUAGGUUUCGUUGGACUCCAGCUUUCCGCAUCCCUUACAAACAAGUGGUAUAUAAAUUUUAUGAAAAAAUAACUGUAUAAAAUUGACCAUGUUGGCUGGGGCUGAUGGGAUUUCAAGUCUGCAACAUCUGGAGGGUCACAGCUUCCCCCCUCCUGGCUUUUGCAAGAAGUCUACAUAGCUUGAGUCAUCUUAGUUUGGGGGGGGGGAUAGGACUAAAGAGGGAUGUGGUAAAGGUAAAUUAAAUGGUGUGUGGUAUGGAAAAAAACAGAGUUUUUCUACCUUUUUCAUAAUACCAGAAUAUUCAGCCAUUGUUUCUGACUGGAGAUUCAGUGCAGGCUAGAAGAAAUGCUUAUUCACAUAGCUAUGGGUGUGAUAGAACUUGCUGACCCAGGAUUUAGUGAUGACCACCAGUUUUGAUUGCAGUGGGUACCUUGGUUUAAGAACAGCCCUGUUUAUGAACGAUUCAGUUUACGAACUCCGCAAAACCAGAAGCAGUGUCCCCGUUUGCGAACUUUACCUCAGUCUAAGAAUAGAAUCCGAACAGUGGAAGGGCACUGGCGGCGGGAGGCCUUGUUAGGGAAAGCGUGUCUCGGUUUAAGAAUGGUUUUGGUUUAAGAACGGACUUCUGGAACGGAUUAAGUUCGUAAACCGAGGUACCACUGUACUUGAAAAAGGCACUAGGGUUACUUCCAGACAGCCUGAUUAUUGACCGUUUAUCCUGACUAGUUAGCAGAAGGUUGUGGUGAGACUUGACAUUGCCUUUAUAUUUUUCAUUAUUCAUUCUGGUUUGUUUUCAUAGGGGGUUGUUGACGUUGUGUCAAGGAAGUCCUACACUUCCCAGUGCAUUUUCCUAUCCCCUUUCUUGUCCCUUUCAAAGAUGUGGGGGGCAGUGAAAUGCAUUUUCUCCAAAAAUGCUCCAUAUCAGCUUAAAUGGCACAACCCGAAUUUCCCAGUAUGUGUUUGAAUUCCACCCCUAAACAGCAACAGCCUUGAAGCCCCCAUAGAGACGAAUGGAGGAUAGAUACAUCAAUGGCAGCUUGUCAUAUUAUGACUGUGUGCAAGCUCUAUGUUCAAAGGCCAGGGAGCUCCGGCUGCUGGGGAAAACAACAAGAGAGGGUUGUUGCCUUCAUGAGUUGCUUUCAAGUUUCUCAGAGGCAAAACAGGAUGCUGAAGAUGGAUUUUUGGUCUGCCACAACAGGGCUUCUUCUUAGGAGAGCACAGGAAAGUGUCUGCUGUAAGGUGAAAAGAUUGCAAAAAUGCAGAAUCCACGUUGCUUCGGCAUUGCAAAUUCUAAAAAUUGCCAAAAGCAAUGCGCAGGUAAUUUGAUGAAAGCAUUGCCUAAUAUCUGUAAGUCAGUCUGCCGUUUCAGAGCAGUGUACUAUUCUGAUGAAACCAUGGGCUGGAUUCAAUUCCACAAGUCCUGCUAGCACAAUGGGACUUCCCCAUCUUCUCCUCUUCCCACACCCUUCCCAAAUCUGUUGGGAGGUUCAGGAGAACUCCCAGAGCAUUGAAUAGGGCAGGGAUGUCCAACAGGUCGAUCGCGAUCUACUGGUCAAUCCCUGCAAGGUUUUGGUCAAUCACUGGCCCCCUUCUGGCCCCGCCCCCUUGCCCCACCCCACCCUCCAUUGUUGGAGAACAGAAGAUGGAGUUUACAAACCAAGGCUGUUUUUCCACCAGCAAUCAUUCGGUGAUGAAAACUCAUUUGGUGAGUUGCUAUCUUUGACCCCAAAAUGUAAAAACGUUACGCCCCACCUCCCAAAGUUAAGCAACUUAUGCCUCCCAAACCCCCAAUAAAACAGAGCCUUUCUCCUCCUUAGAAAAGCUCAACAACUUUUACCUGAACCCCCCCCAAAACAGAGGUAGAUCGCUGCCAGUUUUUAACUCUGUGAAUAGACUGCAGUCUCUUGGAAGUUGGCCACCCCUGGCAUAGGGCACUGAGAGCAAAGAUCAUUCCAUCUUGCAGGCGGAAAUGAUUGCACUUGUUGGAGAUUUGUGAAAGUCACUUCACCAUACCUCAACCUGUGGGAUGUAUCAGCAGAGGAUUCAGAGCCCCAGCAGCAGGGGCGCAUGGAGGGGGGUGGGGGUGGUUCACCCCGGGUGCCACCUGGGGGUUUGUUGGCAAGAUGACCCACUGCCUCCUCCCAGCUGUAGAGCGGCCGAGGGCACCCAUGCUGUCAGUAUGAGCGCUGCUCAAGCGCCGUCUGUACGGGCUGCUGCUCGAGCUCUGUCCAUAUGGGCACCGUGCAUGCGCAGUCUGUAUAAGCUGCCACGCAUGUGUCCGUAUAGGCACCACGCGUGUGCCACCAGGCUGUUCGCCUGCCCUUUGGCACCUUGCACCACGUGUCGAAGAGGUUUCCUUUGCCAGUGCCCAGCAGAGUCUUCAGAGAUUUCUAGCUCCCAGCAGAAUAACUUCUUCCAAAAUCCCCCCCGUUAAGGGGAAAACUCCUUUCCCACAAAGUGUUUAUUGUCCCCAAGUGCAAGACAAAGCUAAACACUACUGUCUACUGUAUGCAGUUCUUCUGGUCUUUGAAGGAAAAAUACACAUGUACAGAGAGAUUCACUAACACAGUCACCAUGCUAGCUUACGUUGCUGUGUAAAACCCAUAGACUCUUCCCCUGACUCUCACAGAUUCAGAGUCAGAUGUCGACAGCGAACAGGACAGGGCAUGGACAAGACAUGCACCAGGACAUAAUGAAAGCAGUGCCCUAGAGACUAUUAUACCUAUUUCUAAUUGUAGGCAUAUUUCCUGAACCAAUGGAAAAACUCAGCAUGACCUCGCUGGUUUUGCUAUAGUAACCCAGUACACCUGACACCCUUAUCGCAGAACAUCCAAGCAUGGGGGGAUGUGCUCCUAAAGACAUGAGACCAAGCACUGUGUACAUCAACCCAUUGUUCACAUUACACCAACAGCACUGAUGGAACAAUCUUCUUAGCGCUACAUUGAGUUCCAUUGCAUGCAACUUCAGCCAGAUUUCACAUUUGAUAAAUUACAACAACAGUCCUGUUCUUACUUCUUAAUCAUAUGGUCCAAUCUUCUGAAUCUCAUCAUGGAGCCAACAAAAAUGUAAUCUCUGUGUGUGUGUGUGUGUGUGUGUGUGUGUGUUUGUGUAUGCUUCCACACUGUAAGUAUUUUUGGGAAAGGAUUCGGCUGCAACAAAUGGCACAACAAAUUUUCCAGCCCACGUUGCCGAGCUGAGUCCCUGGCAUGCCCUGUUUGAAGGACCAGGCAGCAAGUGAUGUGACAAGCUUCAGCCUGAGACCUUAGAGAUCUGCUGCCAGUAGAGAUGGAGGGCAGGGCAGGGGGGACAGGAUUCAAUACAGGUCACAUUUAAACCAGAAUGUAUCAGAGCUGCACUUCCUGAAACAGCAUGAGAAUCAAAACACAGCCAUCCUCCAAAACUCACACUUUUCCAAAUGCUGGGAUGCAGUUCUCCAACAGAUCAGUGUUUACAGAAAUGCAUAUGUUAGGGGAAUGUGCGUAUCAAAAUGCACAUGUUUGUGAAACGACAAACAAAAAAAUGCAUUAUAUUAGGAGAAUAUAUGCACGCGAAAAACAUGCACUCUAGUCAAAACUGUGGGCAGAAUUGUCUUCAGCAGGAGAAAAUCACACUAAAAUACUGAAGAAUCUUCCCGAGGAUUUAAAAACGACAACAGCAGCCUGCAAACCGCUGCAGAAAUGUGGAGGACUGAAUUUAUAAUGGGGAAAUCGAGAAACUUAAGAGAAUUGAAAUCUACAGAUCCUCCCAUCCCUAGCUCAGGCAGUGCUGGGCUAGAUGGACAAAUGCUUAAGCAACAACUUCCUAUGUGCUGAAUGUUUUAGGUUGCAGAGAAAAAUGUAAACUACUUUCAUGGGCACUGGACUGUGAAUACCAUGAUGGGGGGAAUAAGUUGUGCAUAAUGCAAUCCAUUUAUAUGCUGCAAAUGAAUGUGACUUUUGCCUUCCUUUCUUUCUCUCCUCUCUCUGGUUUACUGAAUAUAAGUGAGAAAAAGCUCAUCACAGACGCCCUGAGUAGAAACCAAUUUCUGAAGAGGCUGGACCCGCAGCAGAUCAGAGAUAUGGUGGAAUGUAUGUAUGGGAGAACAUACCAGCAAGGGAGCUACAUAAUCAAACAAGGAGAGCCUGGCAACCAUAUAUUUGUACUGGCAGGUUAGUAAACCACAUUAAGUUGUACAUUUAAAAGGCUAGCACUGGGAAUUUUGCUGCUUAGACCUGGAAUGAACUUGCCAUUCUGCAAUCCUAGCCCCGCUUACCUGGGUGUGAGUCCUGUUGAAUUAAGGAGGACUUGCUUCUGAGUAGAUAUUGUUGGGUUGAAAUAAACGACAGAUGAAUGGCAAGUGUCAUAUGGGAGGCAUCUCUCGAGCAUGUCUCGGAGAGUCCCUUUUAUUGAAUAUUACAGCAUUGCCACAUAUGUGCUUGUUGCUGAUUGGUUAACACAAAUACAAUGCAAAGGUUGAAUAUAGGCAUUAAUCAUCAAUAGAUUAAAGGUUGGGAAAGGGAACACAUGGUUAGACAGGUAUGAAAUCCUCCUUGUUAAACUAUUACUAGUGAUUAAUAAUAAACAAUUACUAAUGAUUGAUAUUGCAUGACUUGAAAAAGCAUAACAAUCGCAUUCCGUAGAUGUGGUCAACAAUGCGUUAAGAACAGGUCAGGGUAUGAUGAACUCAAUGUGAACUGAACAUUCCUAGACUCAUGUGCAAAGGCAGAACUUCCCAUCAAGAUAUGGUUAAACUCUUAAUCUCAGGGUUGUGGGUCCAAGGCCCAUGCGGGGCAGAAGAUUCCUGCAUUUCAGGGGUUGGACUAGAUGAUCCUUGUGGUCCCCUCCAAUUCUACAAUUCUGAAUUUUAUUAUUACGGUCACAGACUAGUUCCAGCUCACUUACAAUAUCAUAAAACACAACAGGAAUACAUUGAGUCGCAAUUGGGUAUUACAGAGACAAUUCAGAUAUAGCGGCAGUUAAAAAUAUAUAUUAAAUCUUGAUCACUAAAAUAUAACCUAAAAUUGUCAUUUAAAACCUUAAUCAUUUUGGUAGUACAGCUUGUUCCCUAGGUUUUUUGGCAGUCACACAGAAUUUGGCCACCCUUAGUGUGAUCUUUUGAAUUAUGAAGGAGACUCUUGAGAGUCCCAUGGACUGCAAGAAGAUGAAAUGUAUCCAUCCUUAAGGAAGUCAGGCCUGAGUGCUCACUGGAAGGACAGAUCGUGAAGCGGAGGCUCCAAUACUUUGGCUACCUCAUGAGAAGAGAAGACUCCCUGGAAAAGACCCUGAUGUUGGGAAAGAUGGAGGGCACAAGGAGAAGGGGACGACAGAGGACGAGAUGGUUGGACAGUGUUCUCGAAGCUACAAACAUGAGUCUGACCAAACUGCGGGAGGCAGUGGAAGACAGGAGUGCCUGGCGUGGUCUGGUCCAUGAGGUCACGAAGAGUCGGACACGACUAAAUGACAACAAGCGUGAUCUCUAGAUCCUUGUCCUCUACCAGGAGUUUUAGACAUUGAAGUUCGGACCCGUUUGGAGAUUUUUGAAUAACAGGAGUGAUAAAUACCGAGUGUAUAUCCCCAUAGAAACAGCAGCGUAACAAGACAUGAGAGACAGUUUCUACCUCCAUCAAGCCGCAGGAGUAGACUCAGUCCACGUAUGGUUUACCCUCGAAUCUGCCCUGCAAUAAGGCAGCACGUUGAAUCUAGCGAGGGUAAAUGACCGUCUGUAUUUGGGUAUUUCUAAUUUUGACAAAUAAUUUUCUGGGGUAAACCCUCUCCCAUUAUCUUUUAUUGCUGGGUGUUUAUUCAUCUCACUCAUGUGGCAUUACUCUACAAUUCUAUGAUUCUAAGAUGGCAGCCCAGAUGGAAGAUAGGGCGCUUCCAGCAUCCAUCUCCUCGAUAGUUUACAACAGGGCAAUCCUUUCGUCCAUGCAAACUGCACACUGAGUCUGAACCCAGAAGUUCCAUUAGCUACUGUGGCCAGCGAUGUUUCUAGGCACAUCAACUAUUAUUUAUGGCCGCAAGAGGAGCAAUGCGAUGCUUGUGAUAAUGUGUGUUGUGCUUUAAGUGCCUUCCUACCUCAUCCAUCCAUCACAGCAGCCCUACGAGAUGAGUCAAUAUUAUUAUCUGUUUAUAAAUGGCCAGCUGGAUAUCCCACCUUUCCCCAUCCCAGAAAUGCUCACAAGAAUUAUGAAUACAGCUUUCCCUUUUUAUUUCUCCCACUACCUGACCGCUAAAUCCAUCUAGCCUUUUCCACGAGCUGCUUGCCGCCCCUUUGUCUCGUCGUCUGGUUUGGCCACUCUUUGCAAGGCUACACCGGAUACUCUGACCUCGCUAAUGAUGAGGGUUCCAAUGCCUCAAGCAGUCAAAACAUUACAGUGGUACCUCGGGUUACAUACGCUUCAGGUUACAGACGCUUCAGGUUAGAGACUCCGCUAACCCAGAAAUAGUACCUCGGGUUAAGAACUUUGCUUCAGGAUGAGAACAGAAAUCGUGCUCCGGCAGUGUGGCAGCAGCAGGAGGCCCCAUUAGCUAAAGUGGUGCUUCAGGUUAAGAACAGUUUCAGGUUAAGAACGGGCCUCCGGAGUGAUUUAAGUCCUUAACCUGAGGUACCACUGUAUGCCCCAUUGAAUUCAGUGGUACUUACUUCUGAGAAGGCGUAGCUCAGAUUUUCCCAACACCCCGAUUCAUUGUUGUGCUCAUAGCCUGCUUGUGAGCUGCUGCUGCUGCUGCUGCUGCUUCUUCUUCUUCUUCUUCUUCUUCUUCUUCUUCUUCUUCUUCUUCUUCUUCUUCUUCUUCUUUUAUACCCUGCCCAUCUGGCUGGGUUUCCACAGCCAUUCUGGGUGGCUCCCAACUGAAUAUUAUUAUUAUUAUUAUUAUUAUUAUUAUUAUUAUUAUUAAAGCAAUAAAACCUCAAACAUUAAAAACUUCCCUAAACAGGGCUGCCUUCAGAUGUCUUCUAAAAGUCAGAUAGUUGUUUAUUUCCUUGACAUCUGAUGAGAGGGCGUUCCACAGGGCAGGCGCCACUACUGAGAAGGCCCUCUGCCUGGUUCCCUGUAACCUCAGUUCUCGCAGUGAGGGAAUCACCAGAAGGCCCUCGGAGCUGGACAUCAGUGUCUAGGCUGAAUGAUGGGGGUGGAGAUGCUCCUUCAGGUAUAUUGAGCUGAGGCCGUUUAGGGCUUUAAAGGUCAGCACCAACACUUUGAAUUGUGCUCGGAAACAUACUGGGAGUCAAUGUAGGUCUUUCAAGACCAGUGUUGUGUGGUCUCGGUGGCCGCUCCCAGUCAUCAGUCUAGCUGCCUCAUUCUGGAUUAGUUGUAGAUUCCGGGUCACCUUCAAAGGUAGCCCCACGUAGAGCGCAUUGCGGUAGUCCAAGCAGGAGAUAACCAGAGCAUGCACCACUCUGCCACUGGGGCAUAUAAAGGCUAAUCUUGCAGGGCUCCUCUUUUUACAAUAUGGGAACUAAACUGCACUGCAAGGCAAAUGUCUGGGGUGAGACUGUGGGGCAGAUUCAACUCCUUCACCCCUAUACCCCAUUUUGACAUUCACAAUGAGGCAGGCAGGCACACUUUGCCAAGAUGUGUGCUUAAAUAAACAUGGUUGCUGCCAUCACAUUUUGUUUGACCUUUGGUGCAAUUAACUCUGCCAUAGUUCUAGCUGAGUCGAUAGCUGAAUCGAGUUACUCCUAAUUAAACCAGUGAAAUCAAUACUAGGGAGGAAAUAGCUCCCCUGAACAUGGCGUUAAGAGCAAAGCUGUCCUUUCCUCCUAAAAAAAGGUUCGCCUCUAAUUUCCACUGGCUCUUCCAAUAUUAGAACCAUUGUUUAAUGUUUAGCAAAAUAGCUAUUUUGUGGACAGUGUGCUUGUGAUAUAUUCGACUUUUUAGCCUCGAGGGAAACAAUUGCAGCAAAGAAACACGCAGACAUGUUCAGAGAUCACCUGCACAUGAAAUCUUGCCGUUAGCUGAAACGAGGAAUAAAGUUUUGGAUGCAGAAGGCAGUAAAAUAUUGUUAACUCUAAUAAAAUCCAUUUUUCAAGGAAUAUAUAAAAAAAGGUGUAAAAGAAAUUGCCCGGAGCAGAAUUUUCAUGGAGGGGUUGUAAUUUAUCUUGCCGUAUAUAUUGAAAACUGGGCGUAGAGCUCAUCUAGGGGUUUUAAGCUUUAGGCUUUAAAAUCCGUUGAGAUUUAUUCUAAGUUCCCAGUUCUAAACUGCUAGGGAUAGUUCACACUAACACUGAAGUACUAGCUAAGAUAUUAGAUUACCUGGCUGUCUGGGGUUUUUUGGGGGGCGGUUAUGUUUUAUAUCCUGGGACGCGGGUGGCGCUGUGGGUAAAAGCCUCAGCGCCUAGGGCUUGCCAAUCGAAAGGUUGGCGGUUCGAAUCCCCGCGGCGGGGUGCGCUCCCAUUGUUCGGUCCCAGCGCCUGCCAACCUAGCAGUUCAAAAGCACCCUCGGGUGCUUACUAGUGGGAAGGUAAACGGCGUUUCCGUGUGUGGCUCUGGCUUGCCAGAGUAGCUUUGUCACGCUGGCCACAUGACCCGGAAGUGUCUCCGGACAGCGCUGGCCCCUGGCCUCUUGAGUGAGAUGGGCGCACAACCCUAGAGUCUGUCAAGACUGGCCCGUACGGGCAGGGGUACCUUUACCUUUACCUAUGUUUUAUAUAAAAGUGACUGUAGGAACCCGCCUCGUAGCUAGUCAGCAAAAUUGCACACCAUUUUUGAUGCUGUCUUUUUCUCCCCACAGAAGGCAGGUUGGAAGUCUUUCAGCAAAACAAACUUCUCUCUUCGAUUCCUGUGUGGACAGCGUUUGGGGAGCUGGCCAUUUUGUACAACUGCACAAGGACGGCCUCAGUGAAAGGUGUGUGCACUUAAUCCCUCGAAAUUUUGCAAAAGCAGAAAAGCAACCCUCUCCAGGCUGCUCUUUCCUGAUAGAAGAGAUUGUGGUGAUGAUGAGACAAACAGAGAAGAGCCGUACAGUGGCCAUGUGGGGGUCUUGAGAGCCAGUGUGGUGUAGUGGUUAAGAGCGGUAGUCUCGUAAUCUGGGGAACCGGGUUCGCGUCUCCGCUCCUCCACAUGCAGCUGCUGGGUGACCUUGGGCUAGUCACACUUCUCUGAAGUCUCUCAGCCCCACUCACCUCACAGAGUGUUUGUUGUGGGGGAGGAAGGGAAAGGAGAAUGUUAGCCGCUUUGAGACUCCUUAAAGGGAGUGAAAGGCAGGAUAUCAAAUCCAAACUCUUCUUCUUCUACUUCUUCUUCUUGUGAGACAAAACCUGCAGCUUUGGGUUUGAUGCUGCACAGCAAGGAUGAGGAGCCAGAUGUUGUUGAACUCUCAUCAGCACCAGUGAGCAUGACCAAUAGCCAGCUAGCUGUCGUCCAACAACAGCUGAAGGACCCCAGGUUCCCCAUCCCUGCUGUAGAGAUUCUGAAGCACACCAUCUGGUCGUCUCUAGCUAUGGCUGCGAGGCCUUGGGCAGCGGAGGUUGGUGGAACAAGCAGUUGUGAGGGGAUUUAGCAAAUGGAAUUCCAAAACUGGAGCAGCAGUUUGUGAGUGAAAGGGCAAAACAAGGUAGAUCAGGGCUAGAGAUGGGCAAAUCUGUCAGUUUCAGUUUCUCAGUUUUUCAGCCCUCCACAUUUCCACCUCAGUUUGCAAAUUUAUUUAUUUUCUUUUUAAAAAGUCCCCCUGAAAAUUCAUCAGCAUUCUAGUGCAAAUUUCUCCCAGCGUACCUCUUUUUUGAUGCAGUUUUGUCUAAUAUGCAAAUUUGUGCAAAGCGUAUUUUCCCUAAUAAAUAUUAGGGAAUGUUAAUAUUUUCUCUAAUAUAAUGCACGUUUGCAUGUCAUUUUCAGUAAUAUAUGCAUUUAUAUGCAAUUAACAUAUGCAUUUUAGUAUGCAUUAUAUGACUGGAGAACCGCUCUGCAAAAUUCAGAGGAGUGCAAAUUUUGAAAGCCGGCUGCGUUUCAGUUCGCGCAUUGUUUUGGGAAGUGUGAUUUUGGUGGGUUCACCUUUAAAUGAUGCGGGUGGCGCUGUGGGUUAAACCACAGAGCCAAGGACUUGCUGAUCAAAAGGUCGGUGGUUCGAAUCCCCGCGACGGGGUGAGCUCCCAUUGCUCGGUCCCUGCUCCUGCCAACCUAGCAGUUCGAAAGCACGUCAAAGUGCAAGUAGAUAAACAGGUACCACUCCGGUGGGAAGGUAAAUGGCAUUUCCGUGCACUGCUCUGGUUCACCAGAAGCGGCUUAGUCAUGCUGGCCACAUGACCUGGAAGCUAUGCGCCGGCUCCCUCGGCCGAUAAAGUGAGAUGAGCGCCGCAACCCCAGAGUCGGUCACGACUGGACCUAAUGGUCAGGGGUCCCUUUACCUUUACCUUUAAAUGAGAACUGAAUCAAACUGAAUCAAAUUUUGGCUCUGUCCCUAAUCAGGGAAGGCAGACGGACAGAUAUAUGUGUCAGGCAGGCAGAGGCUAAUCCAAUAGGUGUGGAAAAACAUCCCAGUAGUUUCCCAUGACAUGUUCCCAAACAAGACCUGGGAAUGUUACAUACAGAGGGAUCUGAUUGAUGCAUCAUUUUCACUCUUGGAUAUGUGAAUUCCAAUAAAGAGGUUCCUACUGUCUGCUCUGAAGUAGCAACAGUUCCCUUCUCUGGCCUGUUGGUCAAUGCAUUGGCCCAGAACUCCUAGCUCCAGAAGCCUAGUUAGAUUCUUGAAGGGAAAAAGCAGGCCCUGAGGAUCUUUUUGCGUGUUCAUCAGAUGCAAUUCAUAUUCAGAAAAGCGGCACGGAACAAUUUCUGCUAAUCUCAUACAAGAGGCAGCACCAUGCAGAUUAGUUUAUCUGCCAUGACCACUUUCUAUUUUGAUUCUCGUUUGUUUUUUACGAAGUGCUUCUGAGUCGUCAGCUCGUUACAACCCCAGGUCAGGUUUUGAGCAGUUUUUAGUGCAUGUUAAUUAGGAGCCUUUGUCAACGUUUCUCCUUAGCAUCCUAAGCACAACUCGGAUGUUAUUAACUUCUGGGAAGUAUGAAGAUUUCGGGGGGGGGGGUAUUUGUAUUUAGUAGCAUGCAUACAUAUUGCAGUGGGAAUGAGAAGCCCUUUUGAGAUUAGGGGGCAGCUUACCUUCUGGGCAAUGUUCCAAGCGCCACACUCCAAUGGCGAGCAAUGCCAGAGGCAAAAAUGGGUUGAGCAAUAGGUGUCAAUUUUACUUUUGUACAAUGGGCCACUUUCUACACACACCUCUCUAUCCUUCGUCCAGGCAAGCAGGAGUCAUUAUCAUAUAAGAAAGGAAUAUUCUCCACAGUAUUAAUAAGAAGGACUUUCAGUUUGUUUAUAUUUUAUUCUUUCUCUGAAAAGCUCAGAGCAAAAUACCAAGGGGCUAUUUCAUCCUUCCCCAUGUAGGGGUGGACUGUGGUAAUAUACAUAGCUGUCAACUUUUCCCUUUUCUUGUGAGGAAUCCUAUUCAAAAUAAGGGAGUUUCCCUUUAAAAAAAGGGAAACAUUGACAGCUAUGGUAAUAUACCACCCUGUGCAUUUGACACCCUACCCCCAGCCCUUGUGGCACCAGCUUAAGCUGGGCUUUGGGAAGGAGGCAUGAGGCUCUGGCAGGAUCCUAGAGCCCUCCCACCUCCUUCCUAAAGCUUGGUAAGAACUUGCCUGGCUUUGGGAAGGAGGAAGGAGGACUCUAGGACCCUGCCAGAGCCCUAAUGCCUCCUUCCCAAAGCUGGGCAAGCGCUUACCCACUUACCAGGCUUUGAGAAUGCACCCAUCUUGGCUGCACACCCGGUGUGGCUGCAGGGCUCAUACUGCUUUAAAUCCAUCUCUGCCCCACAGCAGCCCUAUGUGGUAACUUAGACUGGGGGCCAGGAAUGGACAAAGGCCACUGGGCAUAGGAGGAAUGGUGGAGACCACCUCCCCAGCCUGACCCUUCGAGAGAAGAAGAAGACAGUUCUGAAUUACAACUGGAGUUUGAGGGAGGUCACAGCUCAGAAGAAGAUGAGGGGCAAAGUUGGGAAAUAAUGGGAGAGGCGGAGGGGGCAGAGCCGGAGCAGCUGGCUGACAUGUUAUCACUAGAAAGCAUUCCAGACCCACCAUCUCCCAGAACCUGGUGAGCCUUAAAAGUAGGAGAGCAAAGGGCUUGGAGACAGAUGGCCCUAAGCGGCAACCAUAGAGGGGGUGGUGCUGUUGACGAAUAUAAUAAUAAUUAAUAAUAAUUUAUUAUUUAUACCCUGCCCAUCUGGCUGAGUUUCCCCAGCCACUCUGGGCAGCUCCCAGUCGAGUGUUAAAAACAAUACAGCAUUAAAUAUUAAAAACUUUCCUAAACAAGGCUGCCUUCAGAUGUCUUUCAAAGAUAGGAUAGCUGCUUAUUUCCUUCACAUCUGAAGGGAGGGCGUUCCACAGGGCGGGCAACACUACCGAGAAGGCCCUCUGUCUGGUUCCCUGUAACCUCACUUCUCGCAAUGAGGGAACCGCCAGAAGGCCCUCGGCACUGGAUUUCAGAGUCUGGGCAGAACGAUGGGGGUGGAGACGCUUCUUCAGGUAUACUGGGCCGAGGCCGUUUAGGGCUUUAAAGGUCAGCACCAACACUUUGAAUUGUGCUCAGAAACGUACUGGGAGCCAAUGCAGAUCUCUCUGCAUUGAGGAAGUUAGGAGAGAAGGGGGUUGGAGCUUUACUGGGAGCAAUGCCAUUAUCCCAAGAGGCUGCAUUUCUAGGCCUUUCUCUGUGAAUAUUGAAUAAAAAGCAGUUGGUAAGAACUUUCCUUGUCUUCUCCGUUCUUGGCAACCUGCUGUGGGGAUUGGAUCCUCUGACGCCUGACACCCAUUUGAACACUAUUUUCCUUAUCCUGGCACUUUAACUCAGGGGUAGCUACUAUGGUGCCUCCCAGUUUUUGUUGGACUCCAGUUCCCAUAAACCUCACUCAGCAAUCAAGGGUGAUGAGACUAGUAGUCCCGCAAAAUCUGAGAUGCAUCACCUUGGAUCUGUCCCCUUGGAAGGCUCUGAGCUAUUGUUAGUUCUUUACUAUGAAAUCCUGCUGAGAAUGCCAAUUAUUCAUUUACAGCAUUUAUAAGCUGUCCUGGAAUAGAAAUCGUCCAGGGUGAAACAUGAGCAGUUGCUGUGUAAAAUCAUAUCAUCACACCAGCGAGGUGUGAAGCCGCCGGUUGCAGCUUCCCUUGCUGACAAUUUCUGCUAGGAGAAGGUGAUGCAAAAAUCCCACUGUGAGUGUGACUGCAUUCUCAGUUUCACGAAGAACCUCAGUCAAUGUGCUCACUUCGGUGGAUUUGCACUGGGUGUACCGGGGUGACUUUUUGUAUGCUGUAGAAUUGUUUAGCUUCUUAAUUUUGCUUUUCUUCCCCACUUGUUCCUAAAGCUGUCACCAGCGUGAAAACAUGGGCAUUAGACAGAGAGGUUUUCCAGAAUAUAAUGAGGAGGACAGCACAAGCAAGGCAUGAUCAAUACAGAAACUUCCUCAGAAGGUAAACAAAGCAUACACUUGUUUUCUCAGAAUAGAUUUAUUGCUGCAUUUAGUGGGGAGAGUCUGGUGCAUUUAGAUACAUUGACUUCAUUUAGGCAUGAUGUUACACUGUGGUUUAGUAUUAGGAGAAUCCCCCUAGCUUGACCUGAGCUUUCAGCCUUUCCAUGGCUGUGAGGAGGAAGUCAGAAGCUACCAAUUCUGUUUUAUAUUAACCACUGUUUAGCGUGUCAUCUGAACCCUAAACUGUGGUUAAAUUUAACUGUGGUCAAUGAAAAAAUGCCAGCUUCCUAAACUACAGUGGUACCUCGGGUUAAGUACGUAAUUCGUUCCGAAGGUCUGUUCUUAACCUGAAACUGUUCUUAACCUGAAGCACCACUUUAGCUAAUGGGGCCUCCUGCUGCCGCCGCACCUCCAGAACAUGAUUUCUGUUCUCAUCCUGAAGCAAAGUUCUUAACCCGAGGUACUAUUUCUGGGUUAGCGGAGUCUGUAACCUGAAGCGUAUGUAACCCGAGGUACCACUGUACUCAGAUGAUAUGGCAAGCUAUGGUUAAUGAAAAACAGAAGUGAUUGCUUCUGAAUUCAUCCUCGGGGCAAUGGCAGAAAAGGGUGGAACUCAGGGGGAAGAUUAUGCUCAAAACAUUAAAUUAGCUUGGCAGCACUUCCAGAUUGCUGCUGUUUUGGGGUGGGAUUCAGACACAUAAUGCACAAUUACUGUUUAUUGGGACGUCUUGCACAAAAAUCCUUCUCCCCACAAAUAUUGGACUUUUUGUGAAAAUGAAAAUGAUGGGAAAAUUUACUGGAUAGUGCAUCAAUGCUUGCUUUGACACAUUGUCUGCAAACAAAUCAGAAUGAAUGCUCCAUAAAUUAGGGUUGCCAUAUGUCCUCUUUUUCCAGGACACAUCCUCUUUUACAUGGGUAUGUAAAAUAAGAGUCGUCACAGCGAUCCAUAGUUAAAAGUAGAAGUUGGCAAAUGUGUCCUCUUUUUUGCUCUUCAAAAUACAGCAACCCUACAUUAAAUAGUCCACAUUGUCUCGACUCCCUGCAAACGAAUCUGGAUGAAUGUUGAAUAAACAGGUCAUCUGGAAGAAGCCUAACUGUAUAUUAUUGAAAAUAAGCAGAGAUCCAAGAUUAUCAGUCAGUCAUUCAAUCCUCUUGUUUUUAGAUGGCAGAGCCUUGGGACAGAUUGCCAAGUAAAACUUCUCUAGCAAUUCAGAUUUGAAUGUUUUUAUUUAAUUCCUUACUGCAAGCUUGCUUUGACAUCAAGUACCCACUUAAUGCCUCACUGAUUGCGGGUGAAGUAUCUGCAAGUCUGCCAUGGACAUUUACUGAUUUCAAUUACAUCUAUAUUUAGUAAAUAAAGUCAAUGAGGCAGACACAGCAAUAUGUCUUGAGAGCAGGCUUGCUGACUGAGAAAAUUUUAUUUACAGAAUUUCUUGCUGGCCUUAGGGCAGGUUACUAUAACACAAUGGUACAGUAUUAAAAUCAGAUUGAAAAUUGUAUUAGAAGGCCAGAUUUCUUGCAGGUAUUUUGAUUUUCUCUUGUAGCCCACAACUUGUGCGGCUCUAUAUUCAGAGAUAGAAAGGCUAUCAGUGACAAUGUUCUCCUUCCAUUGUAUGCUUCAGAAUACCAGUUGCUGGAAAUCACAAGGAGAGUGCCGUUGCCCUCAGGUUUUGCUCAGGGGCUUCCUGUAGGCAUCCGGGCUUCGAAUCCACGGUGCUGAGAUCAAGAAUCUAAUGCUCUACUAACUGAGCUAUCCUCUACCAUAUCUGAUCCAGAUAUGAUCAGAUCUGAUUAAGAUGGGCUGGUGUUUUGAUGCAGCGAUACCAAAGAAGGAUGUCAUGAAUGCCAGAAUGACCAGCUCUAGUGCUUUAUUAAAGAAAGGUGUAAACUUACAACAAAGCAGGCAGGAAAACCCCCCUGUCUUUACAGACACAGCACGGACACCGCAACAGGGAGAGGUUGUUGCGACUUGCCCUCACCCAGGCAAAUGUGUACAGUGUUACCUCUGGUUACGUACUUAAUUCGUUCCGGAGGUCUGUUCUUAACCUGAAACUGUUCUUAACCUGAAGCACCACUUUAGCUAAUGGGGCCUCCCGCUGCUGCUGCACUGCCGCCGCCCGAUUUCUGUUCUCAUCCUGAAGCAAAGUUCUUAACCUGAAGCACUAUUUCUGGGAUAGCGGAGUCUGUAACCUGAAGCGUAUGUAACCUGAGGUACCACUGUACAGUGGUACCUUGGUUCUCAAACUUAACCCGUUCCAGUAGUCCAUUUGACUCCUGAAACUGUUUGAAAACCAAGGCACAGCUUCCGAUUGGCUGCAGGAGCUGCGUGUCAGACGUUCGGCUUCCAAAAAACGUUCGCAAACCAGAACGCUUACUUCCGGGUUUGUGGCAUUCGGGAGCCAAUUUGUUCAGCAACUAAGCCAUUUGGAAACCAACGUACCACUGUACAUUGCUCAUACAAAGAUCAACAUACGUCAGCUUGGCCAGAACUUUCCAUCAGUCCAUGCGGGCAUAAGUGGCAACUAUUCAAGGCAGACGAAAAGCUACAUUCUCUGGGCCAAGAGCCCAGCAUUCCAGGACCCCCAGAUAAGCAUAGCACCAAAGCAUGUCAAUUAGCGUAUAUCCACACAAGUGAAUAUAAACUUAUAUAUGAGCUCAUUCUUAUAACUACCAAAUAGUUUUGGGAUUAUCUUGACUACCAAGAUGGAGUCUACAGGCCUUCUGGGACAGUCUCAGCUUUGGGUCAAGUCAGCUGUUCUUACGUGAUGCUCCUUGUAUAUAUUGUUGAAAGCAUUUCAAGUGUGUGUGUGGGCUUGUGCAGGGAAGAGAAUUUCAGGGCCAAAUUACAUGCGAUAUUAGCUUGUCCCUCCAAAAUAAAAGGACAAUAUAAAGCACACUUGCUUUUAAUAUGCGACUAACCUCAGUAGGACGCGGGUGGCGCUGUGGGUUAAACCACAGAGCCUAGGACUUGCUGAUCAGAAGGUCGGCGGUUCGAAACCCCACGACGGGGUGAGCUCCUGUUGCUCGGUCCCUGCUCCUGCCAACCUAGCAGUUCGAAAGCACAAAGUGCAAGUAGAUAAAUAGGUACUGCUCCGGUGGGAAGGUAAACGGUGUUUCCAUGCGCUGCUCUGGUUCGCCAGAAGCUGCUUAGUCAUGCUUGCCACAUAACCUGGAAGCUGUCUGCAGACAAAUGCCGGCUCCCUCAGCCUAUAGAGCGAGAUGAGCGCCACAACCCCAGAGUCAUCUGUGACUGGACCUAAUGGUCAGGGGUCCCUUUACCUUUAACCUCAGUAGAUCUCUUAUUUCUGUCACAACUAUUUAGCGACAUAUCUCUUUAAGUAAGCAGGUAACUUAAAUAAUAACAAAAUAUUCCAUUAUAACUACAUGGUGUUGAAAGCACUGAAAAACACAUUUUUCAGGGGUAUAUUUUCAAUUAUUUAGCUCACGUUGGUUCUCCUGUGCUACUGCUAAGCCUUAUAUCAGUAGCCCCUACCUGAGCAUCAUUCACUUGCUCUUUUAGUCGCUUGGAUAAUUUCUGUUUUGAGAGUUAUCAUGCAUAAUAUCCUUUUGGAUUGGGAGAAGUAUUCAUUUUAUUUUGGUCAUAAAAUUUAUACACCACUUGAUUGUAAGAACCCUAAAACGUAACAAUAACUAAAGAGAACCCAGCUACCCCAACAAUAAAUGUCUACAACAGGAAAGCUGAAACUGUGUAUAGGAGUUGAAACUCUACAUACAAGUUGAAUUAAAUGCAAUCCUUUGAUAUUUAUCUUUCAAAGUGUUUCUCUGCUGAAGAAUCUACCUGAAGAUAAACUGACAAAGAUUAUAGACUGCUUGGAAGUGGUAAGUAGUUUUAUACCCAGUGGCACGGGCUUCCAAUGAGAUCUCUUGUAUUCUGUUUUAAAGCUUCAGGAAAAAUCCUAUAUGACAGACAGCAGUUAACCUGGGAUUGCGUGGUAUAAAAUAAUGUGUUGUAGAUUCACAUCCACUUUAAGUAACUGGCAGAAUCCAGCUGGUGCGCUUGUGCUCUACCAAAGGGCUUUUGAUCCUGCAGUGCCUCUGGAAAAUCAGCUCCAGAGAGUUGAGGGGACCCUCUGGAAGAAGAUAGAAAGUGGGCCACACUUUCAGUAGAAGGUGGCAUGGGGGGCCAGGGGAAGGGAAGAUUGGAAAAAUACUCCUCUUCUGUUAGCUUCCAUUGGAUCAAAAACCUUUUGAUCAAGAGUUCAAGGGCACUAAUUGGUUGUGCUCUCAUUGCCGCAAGGGAAAUGGGCAGAUUUUGCUGUCUAUUCCUAUAUAUGUUUACUCGGGGGUUGGGGACACACUCCCUAAUAAGCAGGUAUAGAACAGUAGGCCAAGUGGCUGAACUUUAACUAAAAUCACCAAAUAUUCCAGAAGAGCAAGACUAUGUCCUACCUGUGGCACUGGAAAGUCAGCAUGUUAGUAGGACAGCUAAGCCUAGUUAGUUAUGAUAAUUUUCUAUUCGCAGAGCUGUUGUUUUUAUGUUGGGGAAUAUUUCAAAAAUUGCAGUUGCACAAAGAAGUGAUGACUGACGGUGUGGGAAAUCUGUUUUUAGCUGACUGUAGUGUGGUCACAAAAAUGACCAUAUUACUGGGCUUGUGUUUCUCAGACAGUGACCACAUCCACAUCAUAUAUCAAGAGCAGUGCAGCACAAUUUAAAUAAUAAUAAUAUUUAUUUAUUUAUUCAUAUAUACAGACAUACAUACAUACAUACAUACAUACAUACCCCCACCCAUCUGGCUAGGUUUCCCCAGCCAUUCUGGGUGGCUUCCAACAAAAUAUUAAAAUAUAAUAAUUCAUCAAAUAUUAAAAGCUUCCCUAAACAGGGCUGCCUUCAGACGUCUUCUAAAAGUCAGGUAGUAGUUUAUUUCUUUGACAUCUGAACUAACAGAACUGUACAACAGGGGCAAAGCAACUGGUUAUAUAUAUUUCUGAAGGCCUGGGCCACUCCCACUCCACAGAGCGGGCAGGCGCCACCACCGAGAAGGCCCUCUGCCAGGUUCCUGGUUUUAAACUAUCAUGGCUAUGAUUCCUGGUUUUAAACUAUCAUCCCAAAGAAUCAUGGGAACCGCAGUUUGUUAAGAGUUGUUCCCCUCAAAAUGCUUCAGUUCCCAGAGUGGUUUAGCAAUCAAUCCUUCUUCCCAGGGAAUUCUGGGAAUCAUAGCUUUGUGUGGGGAAUAGGGGUCUCCUAACAACUCUCAGCACCGUUAACAAGUUACAGUUCCCAGGAUUCCACAAAGCUAAAGUGGAAUUCUGCUGUUUUAAAUGUAUCGCAAGGAUGCGGUCAGUAACACCCGCAAAUCACAUCGCUUGCGGCGAGAAGCAUGUGGAUUUUGCUGUUCCAAGAAGACUUUGUGCGUGCGAGCCCCAAGGAGCGCUUAAAAUAGCUCUUGACAUUAUGGCAAUUAUCUGUAACGAAAUACUUGCUGUGAUGAAACUUAUGGAAGCCAGCCUUUCCUCCUCUGUGUAUCAAGUAACCAGAAUUAAUGGAGUAGCGAUAGUGACUGAUAAAAACUGUACAGAGCUGUCUAGAACAAAUACUAGAUUUUUCUCUUCACUGCUCAGUUUUCCUUCUUUAGUUAUAAAAAUAUAACAAGAUCCUGCAACUGGAAUAAUUAUUUGAAACCUAAAAUUAUUAGUAGGGUUUUUAUUCCUUUGCUCUUGCUUAUGUAUUUGUCAUUGUAAAUGAGCAGGCAGUUUUAUGUGUGAACAGCUCUGGGCAUAUUGGUUUAAUGCACACUUUAUGGCAUUGCAAGUAUAUGGCUUUAUUCUCCGGUAGAACAAAUGAGCAGGAAAUGGAUCUCAUUUAGCGCUUUAUAUCUCCAAUCCUGAAUGCCAUUUACUUGGAAGUAAAUGUGCCGUUUAAUUUCAGUGGAACUUAUUUCUGCAGAAGAGUGUUGCAGAGUGAUUUGGCAAGGAUUAGGAAAUGUAAUUUGAGAGACAUUCAAAAUAUUUUGAGCAGGAUCCGUGCUCAGCCUUUGUCUGAUCAUCGAUACCUGCCUCCCCCUCUUUCCUUUCUUUCCCUUUUUUUGCUAAUGCCUUAUCAUGAGCGAUCUGAAUUUCUUCCAAAGUUCACAACGCACUCCUUCCAUUUGACAACACCUCCAUCGGAACAAUAGUCUGGCACAGACUGUUUGUAGGGCUGGCCAGACCACACAAACAGCCCUAACAAUAUUGGCGGUUCUGAAUACUUUUUAGGGAAGUUGAAGUGUAGGUGGGCUCCCACCAGGCAAGACAAAGUGAUAACAGCAAGAACCUUUAUUAAACUAACAGAACUGGACAACAGCGGCAAAUCAACCGGUUAUAUACAUUUCUGAAGGCCUGGGCCACUCCCACUCCCAACGUGAUUGGCUGUCUAGACUGCCAAGCUCCAAAUCAUAACUCAGAGUUUAAGGGCCAAUGGCAGAGGCCCAAAUCCUAAAAUGUUCUGUGAUUGGAUAUCAUGUAUCCAAUCAGAACACAGGGGCUCAGAAUCCUUAGUGCAGACUCAAGCUCAGGCAAACACAGACCACUGAAUACAUAGCAGAAGUCAUGGCAGUUCUUGUGGCCUGAGAUUUUUGAAAGAGGAGCAGAACAUGGGUGUAUAAUAAUGAUAACAGUAGUCACCUCACCUUUCUGUAGCUGCUUUGUAUUGGUGGAAGGGUUGUGGCUCGGUGGUAGAGCAUCUGCACUGUAGGGCUGGGUGAUAUCUGGUCCUCAACAUCAUGCUAUAUCACCAGCUGAGCAUUGUGAUAUACUGAUAUAUCGCAAUGUCUGAAAUAAGGAUGGAGCUAUGUGGAGGCAUUGGCUGGCUUCACGGUUGCUCCUACAUUGUGAUAUUUGCCGACGCCUGCUCUUGUGAUUUGAAUGGGACGAGGGUGGCACUGUGGGUUAAACCUCAGCGCCUAGGACUUGCCAAUCGCAUGGUCGGCGGUUCGAAUCCCAGCGGUGGGGUGCGCUCCCGUUGCUCGGUCCCAGCGCCUGCCAACCUAGCAGUUCGAAAGCACCCCCGGGUGCAAGUAGAUAAAUAGGGACCGCUUACUAGCGGGAAGGUAAACGGCGUUUCCGUGUGUGGCUCUGGCUCACCAGAGUAGCUUCGUCACGCUGGCCACGUGACCCGGAAGUGUCUGCAGACAGCGCUGGCUCCCGGCCUCUAGAGUGAGAUGAGCGCACAACCCUAGAGUCUGUCAAGACUGGCCCGUACGGGCAGGGGUACCUUUACCUUUACCUGCUCUUGUGAUUCACUGCCCCCUGCAUGAAGCAGGGGAGAGCUGUGCUGGCAGAGUUAACAGGAGCUGCAAGAAUCAAAAGGAGCAUUGAUUGGCUUCACAUUUCCCCCCACAUUGUGAUUUUUUGCAUAGCGCACAUACACACACCAUGAUUCGCAAUAUAUUGCCAGGUCAAAAAUUAUGAAACCAAUAUCACAAUAUGGGCCUCAAACCAGUUUUGGACGAUAUAUCACCCACCCCUUCUGCACUGCAUACAGAAAGUUCAAUCCCUGGCAUCUCCAGAUAUAGUCAGGAGAUAACCCUGCCUGAAACCCUAGGCAGUUGCUGCCAGUCUGUGUUGACAGUACUGAGCUAGAUGGACCAGAGGUUUGAAUCAGUGCAAAGCAGCUGUAAGGCAGCCUUCGCCAAUCGGGUGCCCUCCAGAAGUUCAAAACUACAAUUCCCAUUAGCUACUGCCAGAGCAGCCAUGUUGGCCAGGGCUGGUGGUAGUUAUAGCCCCAAAGAAAUAAUCUGAGAUGCUACCUAUUCGUAUUAGUGAGCUACUGAGUUGUUUGGAUGCAGAAUAAAUAUCCCAUUUACUGCUUCUGUCAACUUCAUGUGCCAUUUUUCUCAAUGCGGCUGCAUUUGAGCUGAGGCCAAAACAAGCUCAUACUGUCUGUUUGCCUAGACACACAUUUUUGCCACUGUAUUUCUCUUACACCUCAACUUUGAAGGUUUCCAGGGACGGCAGCCAACGAUGACUCAGGUUCUUAUUUAAAGGUUGACUUUUAAAGGUAACAAGGCAGGAGGGGAUAAUGCUAAUGAAGGGUGAGAUUUUUCAGAGAGGAGAGGAGCGUCUGCCAGGAAGGAGGAAGUAGUCUGGAUGAAUCUUUGUGGGGUGCUACAUAAUAGCAUUUGGAGUCUGGGGGAAGAAAGGAAAGCUCUUAUCCCCACCGCCACCACACUGCAUUUAGGUGCACUCUGGCUUCCCAUGAGUAUCUGGUCAGCCACAGUGAGAACAGGAUGCUGAGCCAGCAGUGCCCUUCAUAUGCAAUUCCCCUACAUAAUAGGCUGCCCUGCAUACUGUAUUUUUCACUCCAUAAGACACACCUGACCAUAAGACUCACCUAGUUUUUAGAGGAGGAAAACAAGAAAAAAAAUAUUCUGAAAGGAACAGUGGGUGUAUGAUUUUUGUGGUUCAUGCUGUGGCCACAGACAUGCUAUGUGAUUUGACGGUGAGUUUGGGAUAGCCCAAUGCAAAAAUCCUGAGGAUCCAUGUGGAUCCGUGCUUUGUAACUACGUUUUUGUGCCAUUGUGGCCCCACAAAACAGUGGAUGUGUGAUUUUUUUGGUGCAGACUGUAGCCAUGGACAUGCUAUGCGAUCUGAUGGUGAAUUUGGGCUGACCCAAUGCAAAAAUCCUGAGGAUCCAUGUGGAUCUGUGCUUUGUAACCACGUUUUUGUGCCAUUGUGGCCCCACAAAACAGUGGAUGUGAGAUUUUUUUGGUGCAGGCUGUAGCCAUGGACAUGCUAUGUGAUCUGAUGGUGAAUUUGGGGUGACCCAAUGCAAAAAUCCUGAGGAUCCAUGUGCUUUUACCUCCCCACUCCCAGGCAGCCUCCUUUAUUGCUAGCGUCCCUUAUCUCCCUCCUGAUCGCUUGCUCAGUGGUUUCGUUUCAACACCCCCUUCCCUUUUUCUAAAAAAUAAAAAGCACAAUCUGCUUUUCACCCCUGGGCAAUUUGGCUCCAGGGACUACGCAUUCACUCCAUAAGAUGCACAGACAUUUCCCCUUACCUUUAGGAGGGAAAAAGUGUGUCUUAUGGAGCGAAAAAUAUGGUAAUUUGCCCCAGGUCACACCCUGCCCAGCUAUACCUCCCUAACCUUUAAGUCACAGUGGUAUGGCUGCAAUGCAGAGGAAUUCAGGCUGUUGGGCUGGAUGCUUGAUCCUUGUCCAGCUGCCACUAUCAGCAGCUGUAGCCUCUUCGGAAUUUGCAUGAUCUUACCUGCUCAGAAGCAUUCUGCUGCCCAGUUGCAGGAAGUCUGCAAGGAAGUUUGCAGUUAUGUAACACUGGGAUUAUCCCUGCUUGAAAGGUGUAUACCCCAAUCCACCUGUGCCUUCAGCAGACUGAAUAAUUCAACCUUUUUAUCUGGCUCUGAACUGUAGGGAUUGGUAUGAAUUUAAAUAAUUGUCUGUAUUAAAACCUACACGCUUGACAAUGUUCUUUAAAAUGCUGGUGGUCCCCCCCCCCCCUUCGGCCCCUGAAAGGCUCUGAAUGUGUUGCUACAUCCUCUUAUAAUCUGCAUUAUUUCUGUCCCCUAGGAAUACUAUGACAAAGGUGAUUAUGUUAUUCGGGAGGGAGAGGAAGGAAACACCUUCUUUGUUAUAUCCAAAGGGAAGGUAAGUUGCCACUGAAAAUGCACAGGUAUAUUUGCCAAAGGGUAGGAGCAUGAAGGUUUGUUUGGUUUCAAUCACAACAGAUGACUAUUCUGCCCCUUCCAAGGACGUGAGUGAUACUGAAAUGAAGGUCACAGUUAGGGGAAGAGGAGAAUUUGGUUUACUCUUCCUUUUUAAGCCAACCAAUCGAAUUUGCAGCUUGUGCACCAAUAAUACACAGAUUUUAAACAUAAUUAUCCUUUGGAUUUCUGUGAAUUCUGCAACACACUUUUCUGCUCGAAGAGUCUACCAAAGAACAUAAAAAUGUGUGUUUUAGGAUGAAAUAGUUGUAGAAAUGAAUACUUAAAAUAUGCUCAGGCAGCGAUGAUUUUAGGCACAUGCACAUCAGGCCAAACCUGGAAAUGACCCCAAAAGUCACACAAACAUCACAAAAAGGGGUGGAACAGGGCAGAAUGCGGUGGGGUGGGACAACACAGGAGCAGAGCAUUUUAAAGCUUUUCCCCAUGGUGUUUCAAAGAUAUGCGAUUUCACCUAGGUGCAGUGCCUUGGAACAUAACCCCCACACAAAUUAGUAGUUGACUGUAUUUGAAAUACAUAUAUUAAAUACACAUGUAUAAAAUAUGUAUUUAAAUAUGUAUGUUGUGGUAAAAUAUACAUUUGCAUGCUUUUUUUUUAGACAACAAACAAUACAAGCAACAUAUUCUCAUGACCACUGCUCCUUGUGCAUUUUUCUAAUCUAUGGGUUGUGCUGAAGAAGAUUCCAGCGAAACAAUCAGAUUAUCCAGGAUCACUGUCCUACAUUGUUAUUCACUUACUACUUCGGCACCAUGAACACCUAAAAAAAGUUUUACCGCUUAGCCCACAGGAUAGCAUCUAUUACUUUGUUUCAACCAUACUUAUUAUACUUCUACGGACUUUCAAAGAUUGACAGACGUGUGUUCAUUUGAUUUCAAAUAUAUUAGAGAAUUUACAAGUGUACACAUUUUGUUUUUGUUGUACUAAAUCAUGUAUAUUAUGCAAUAAGAAUUGCAGUGCUUUCUAGUAUACUGGUCUUCGUGUUGCUUGUAUUGUUUGUUGUGUUAAGUUUGCAACACAGGGGUUCGUUGUUCUGUAUUGCUUUUUUUAAGGGCUGUAUAUGGAGCUGCCCUUGAAUAUGAAUCAGAAACUUCAAUUAGUCCAAAAUGCAGCAGCCAGAAUAUCAGCUGGGGUUCCAUUUAGAUAUCAUAUAACCCCAUUUUUAAAACAGCUCCAUUGUUGCCAGUUCGUUUCUGACCUGAUUGAAGGUCAGAAAGAUCCCAUCCUCUGCUCCUUAGACCUUAUUGGGUGCUGAGAUCAGCAGAGGGGGCCCUCUUAGAAGUUGCUCCACCCCCAGAGACUUGGGGGGUUGCCCAGGAAAGGGUCUUCCUGGUGGUGGCCCCUAAGCUGUGGAGUUCCUUCCUCACAGAGGUGUGUCUGGCACCUUCAUUGUACAGCUUCCAGCUAAUGAUGAAGAUGCACCUCUUUACCUUGUUUUUUGACACUUGAGGAGUAUAUUUUAGGACCCACUUUAUUUGGGGAGUUGCAAGUUAUUUUAAACUGUUUUUUAAUAUUAUGUUUUAAUGUUGUAACCCACCCUGGGACCUUGGGGUGUAGGGUCGGUAAUCAAUAAUAACAACAAGUGCUGGAUGGCAAAGUGAAAAUACAGCUGUAUGUGCCCAAGGUUUUACGUAUGCCCAAGAUAACUGUGGGUUAAACCACAGAGCCUAGGGCUUGCUGAUCAGAAGGUCGGCGGUUUGAAUCCCCGUGACGGGGUGAGCUCCUGUUGUUCGGUCCCUGCUCCUGCCAACCUAGCAGUUCGAAAGCAUGUCAAAGUGCAAGUAGAUAAAUAGGUACCGCUCCAGCGGGAAGGUAAACGGCAUUUCUGUGUGCUGCUCUGGUUCGCCAGAAGUGGCUUAGUCAUGCUUGCCACAUGACCCGGAAGCUGUACGCCGGCUCCCUCGGCCAAUAAAGCGAGAUGAGCGCCGCAACCCCAGAGUCGGCCACGACUGGACCUAAUGGUCAGGGGUCCCUUUACCUUUUAAGAUAACUGUGGAGCCCAGCCAAAGCCUUCAAAAGCUUCAUUUGAAAAACAGAACCAAAUAUUUCCUUUUUUUAUGCAGAGGGCGAAGGGACUUAAUCAAAAAACAUUUAUGUGUUAACUAUCGGGGAACGAGCAGCUCAGCCGACAUGCCGGAAUAGACACAGAUGGCGCAUUACCAGUUGGCAAGCGCCAGGGAUAAACACGUCUGCAGUUCGCUCAGAGAAAGCAAGCAAAUAUGUGCUGGCAGGAAUCAGUCUGUGUUGGGCACAUCUCAGGCGAUUUGCUUAUUGAAUCUGGGAGCUGGCAAAUCUGGGAACGGAUUGGGCUUCCUGCAAGAUAUUUCAUCGUGUUGUGUUCAGUGGGUUCCAAUCUACAAUCAAAUGCUGUUGUUUUUUUAAAAGGGGGGACUAGGGAACCUGUGUCGUUUCAGGUGCUGAUGAACUCUUAUCAGCCUCAGUCAGCAUGGGUGAUAGCAGACGGAUGGCGAAUAGGACCCAAAAGGCAGCAGUCUGAUUGGUCCUAGAACAACACGAUUCAGAAUGCAGCAGUCUGAUUGGUCCUAGAACAAUAGGAUUCAGAACGCAGUAGUCUAAUUAUUAGAUGUUUUGCAAUAUAUAGUUGCAAUACAUAAUUACGACGUAACAACAGUAGUCAUAAACAAUAAAUAAAACAUCAGGAAAUACACAACCACAGUUCCACAUAAAUCAUAAUAAGAUCUAAAUUACAGAUACCAAAAAUUAAUCUCAAUAACAGCAACAACCCCAAACCGACAAAGAACACUAAACAAUAGCUCAGUUCAAGAAUGGUGGUUCUUGUUGAUAAACUAGGAUGAUAAAUUGUAUGGGUGAUGAAACAACUGUGGCCACAUUCAUGCCACAUAUUUAAAGCACAAUAGCAGCACUUUGCUUCCCUCCCAAAAUCUGGGAGCUUUAGUUUGUUAAGGGUGCUGAGAGUUGUGAAGAGAGCGCUGUUUCCCUCACAGAACUUCAGUUCCCAAAGUGGUUUAACUCUCAACCCUGCUUCACAAGGAGCUCUGCGAAUUGUAGCUCUGUGAGAAUACAGGUCUUCUAACAACUCUCUGCAUCCUGAACAAACUACAACUCCCAGGAUUCUUUGGGGGAAGCCACGACUGUUUAAAGUGCUACUGUGGUGCUUUAAAUGUAUGGUGUGAACGUGGCCUUGGUAUCAUUGUAUUUGCAUUUGACAAGUGAUUGUGUAACAUGUAGCCCUCCAAAUCCUAGGUUAAGGUUACCCAAACUGCAGAAGGUCAGACACAGUCUCAGCUCAUUAAAACGCUGCAGAAAGGAGAUUACUUUGGAGAAAAGGCCCUCAUCAGGUGAGUUGAAAAUUACAUUUUAAAAUCGCUAGCAUUCACAUUUGCUUCUAACAGUGUUUAUUAUGCGGGAUGGCUGAGGGGUUCAGGAGCAGGACUUGGGAAUAUGAGUCUUAGGCACAAUCCUAAGGGGGAAAUUGACUAACCAUUUUGCCCUAAAAAUAAUGAAUAUUUAACAAGAAGUGCCAACGAAAGAAGAGUGGCAGAUGAAAAUGAUGGAAUUUGCAGAACUGGCGAAGCUGACGGGAAAAAUCUGAAACCAGCAUGAUCAAGUAUUCCAAAACAUAGCUGUCAACUUUUCCCUUUUCUUGUGAGGAAUCCUAUUCGGAAUAAGAGAAUUUCCCUUAAAAAAUGGAAAACAUUGGAGUAAAUUUAUACAAUAUUUGAAAGAUCAUUGUAAGCAAUUGACAACACUAGUAGAGAUAUCUGAAGACUUGUAAUGAGAAACUUUUUACCUUUCUAUAUUUAUUUAAACUGCGAGGUAUUUUGUAAUGAGUUAUAUUAGAACUGGAAAAUAUAUAAAAUGCUCUGAUAUAAAGGUUAUUUUUGAAAGCCAAGAGGCAGGAGGGAACGAAGUUGACAGGCUCUAAAGAGCCAAACAUGUAAAGUGGAUAAUAAUGAUGUGAUUAUAUAUGUUUAAAUGGAAAAUUAAUGAAAAAAAUUUAAAAAAUAAAAAUAAUGAAUAUUUGUGCUGCCCAUUUCCCCCACUGAUUUAUCCUCCCACAACCUGCAGCCUGAGUCUCUUCAGUUUCAGUUGUAUUUAAGUGUUCUGCUGUGAUUUGAGGGUCCUUUUUCUACAAUGAAGCGGUAUAUAAACUGUUAUCAAAUAAAUGAGGUUUUAGCUUCCACUAUGAUCCAUCAUGGGAGGGUGGGGGGCAGGUGAGCAGUGGCAUCCCCCCCCCCACUGGUGCUGUGUUCAAUGGGACAGGGGUCAGUGUGGUGUAGUGGUUAAGAGCGGUAGUCUCGUAAUCUGGGGAACCGGGUUUGCAUCUCCUCUCCUCCACAUGCAGCUGCUGGGUGACCUUGGGCCAGUCACACUUCUCUGAAGUCUCUCAGCCCCACUCACCUCACAGAGUGUUUGUUGUGGGGGAGGAAGGGAAAGGAGAAUGUUAGCCGCUUUGAGACUCCUGAAGAGGAGUGAAAGGCGGGAUAUAAAAUCCAAACUCUUCUUCUUCUUAAGCAUAUGCGGCGCUGGGGUGCAAAGAUCCAGGCCACCCAGGUUGCCGAGUCCCAGAUGCGCAGGAGGGCGGAGUCGGCCGGCCACCACAGCGUCUCACUGGCUCAGUUGCCCCCAAACUUGCAGCGCAGAGCCGCCCACAGCAGAAGAGCCCACCGCGGCGCUCCGACCGGCGGGCGGGUUCUUCCCUGGACUCAACUCUCGGGCCCCGGACUCUUGGCCUAGUGCCUCUGAGAGCCCAGCGCCCAGGUGCCCCGCACCCCUAGCACCUAUGGGUAAGACGGCCCUGACAGGGGUGGAGCAAGGGAUCUGUGAGGUUGCAAAAUCUUGGGUUGGUGUCUUUGGUCUCCUGCAGGCUGCCGCUGCCAGCUCAGGGUUCCCGUAACCUUGCCACCACUGCACCUCAAGCCUUUCCUAGCGAGCUCAGCACCUCUGGGAGAUCUGUCCUGCUGUUCUGUCCUCCUCAUGCACCACUUCUGCCAAUUGUACGCAAGCUGACAUCUAAUACGCCACUUUUUAAUAUCUCUGCAUUGGACAGAACAAUUUAGACAGUGUGAUGCCUUGACUUAUUUCCGUUUGCAGUGACGACGUCAGGUCUGCUAAUAUAAUUGCCGACGAAAACGACGUGGAGUGCCUUGUCAUAGACAGAGAGUAAGUGGCAUCUUUGUGACUUUGUGCUCCCCACAGUCAAACAGCUCUUGGCAUUAGAAAGUUCUUCCUAAUGUUUAGUCAGAAUCUUCCUUUCUUGUCAUAUGAAUCUAUAGCUUCAUGUCCUACCCUCUGGAGCAUGGGUAGGCAAACUGAGGCCUGCGGCCGGAUCAGGCCCAAUUGCCUUCUGGAUCCGGCCUGUGGACAGUCUAGGAAUCACCGUGUGGAUUGCCAGCAUGCGCACAUUCUUUCCCUCUCCCUCCCUCUCCCUCACACGGCGCCGCCUCCUCCUCCUCCCUCCCUCCCUCCCUCCUCCUGACUUCUCCCCGCCCUGCCUAGAGGAGGAAGGGGACUGGACUUUGUUAGUGCCAGCAGCAGCAGCGCUCAAAUGGCCACCAUUUUAAGCAGCCCCUCUCCGGAGCCCUUUCGCGCACCACUCAUCAUCCCGCCGCCAGCCCCUGCUGCUCACAAGACACAGGUAAGCAGCCACCGGGGCUCCUGGUGCUCUUGCAUCAUUUGUUUUCCUUUCCAAAAUAUAGUCCGGCCCCCCCACAAGGUCUGAGGGACAGUGGACCGACCCCCUGCUGAAAAAGUUCACUGACCCCUGCUCUGGAGCAACAGAAAACAAGCUUGCUCCAUCUUGAAGUUGGCUAUCAUGUCACCUCUCAGUCUUCUCUUCUCGGGGCACAAUUAGCGCUGCUUCCAUUCCGCUGCAGUUUGGUUUCCGCUAAAUAUUUUGUUAUUUGUCUGCUAUUUGAUGUAAAGUCAUGUAGCUUAGGUAACCUUUUACUUCAACAUAAAUGAAACAGCAAAACAAUUUUUUUAAUAAAAAAAACUAAGUAACUACUUAUUGUUUGAGAAAACAGCAACAAUGAUGCAAACAAUUACAAACUGCACACACUCGACUGAUUUCCAUUCCUGAGCCCAGGUGAACACACAGACUGCAAGAAUUUUCACUUCCGUUUCUGGUUUUGUUGCAAUUCCCCGACAUUCCUACUAAAGGCGCAGAAAGUCCUGUUGUUGGUUGUAGGAGAGAUUUAAACACAUACUUCAUACCUUUCAAAAGCAGUGAGUCCAUCAAAAGCUGAUUCCUGGAUCGUAUCCGAAAUAAGUAACUUCCACUAAGUCCCUUUUCUCUCUCUGCCACCCUCUUCUCUCUCCUGCCUGUCCCAGACACCCUGUUUACCAAACAUCCAUCCUGGUUUGUUUGCACAAAGUGUGGGCACAUUUGAGGAUGUCAGUUAUUUACUGAACAUUCAUUCUCAUUCGUUUGCGGGAUGAGUUAUAUGAUGUUGACUCAAGCAAAUGUUAUCUCACUUUUUCCAAUGCAUUUUCCCACCCCUGUCCUUAUCAUAAAAUGUUCAGGUUUGUUGCACAAGAGCACAAAAUAGACUUUAAUUCCACAACCUGAGUUUGCCAGUGUGCUAAAUCAUUCGUGGGAGAUGAGGUUUCCCAAAAGACUGCUUAUCCACAAACUGCUCAUUUCUUCAAAUCAACUUUAAUCGCACACCCUGAGUUUGCCAGUCCCAUCUGAAAAUAGUGACAGUUUGGAAACAUCCCCGUUCCAUCCUCGUACCUCUCCAUGUCUGUCUGUCUGUCUGUCUGUCUGUCUGUCUGUCUCUGUCUCUCUCUGUACCAUCCUUUCUCUCUCUCUCUCUUUCUGACACACCCUUCUCUGCCUGUUUCUUGUCAAACCGCUCUUGUUUUUGCAGUCAGCAAAUAUAGGAGGUUGAUGAAGUUCCCUGCGGACCACGCUACAUAGUGUGGUGAUGUGAGUUCAGCUUGGUGGGUCAGAAGUUGUGAAGGCCUGCCAUAGAGUGUUAAUUUCCUAUAAUUGCAUUCAAGCAGGUGCAAUCAGUUUUUUUGUUUUGUUUUAAUUGGUUUUUAUUAAAUAUUUUCUUGUGUUACAAAAGCAAACAAAUAAACAAGGAAAACAGUGUCUCCAUUUUCAAUUAAUGGAGUCUUUUUCACAGUUUGAUUACAUUUGGUACGAGACACUAUUGUCAUAGACACCAUGCGGUUGUGGGGGAAAGAAAGUGGGGAGAGAGAGGUAUGGAGGGCUAAUGUUAUUUCAUUCUAUCACAUAGUGUUUGUGUAGGGUUUUGUAAUAGAUGUAACUCCAGAACUAGCCCCAUUAAAUAUCCCCCAGGACAACAACACACCUACACAUGACAAGGAGCUCAUAGGUCACUUAGUCUCAGCAGCUAGAAACAUCAUGUCAGGAUACUGUGAGCUGGUUGCCCAGGAAAGCAUAAAGACAAGGAAAAGUUUCUUACGGUCCUUUCUUAUUUCAAACUUUACAGAGAGAGGCUCUAAAACCAAGCCUCUUGGAUAAUGGCGUUGUCUCAAGUGAAUCUCCACCCCACCCCCGUCUCUCCCACUUCCUCAUUUGUCAUCUUCAUCACCUCCUCUAUGGGUGCCGCUAAGUGCCUCUGUCUUCGAGCUCUUUGCUCUCCUACUUUUAAGGCCUGCCGGGUUCUGGGAGAUGAUGGGUCUGGAAUGCUUUCUAGUGACAACAUGUCAGCCAGCUGUUCUGGCUCGCCCACAAUUUCCCAACUUUCCCCCUCAUCUGCCUCUGAGCUGUGACCUCCCUCAAACCCCUGUUGUAAAUCUAUACUGCCUUCCUCUUCCUCCUCCCUGGGAUGGGGAGGCGGUCUCCACCAUUUCUCCUCUGCCCAGUUCCUAACACAUUACAACUAGACUCUGGAAGGUCCUAUGAGGAGUGAACAUAGACUGUUGGUACCAAAAUGUAUGGGAAACUGCCUUACUAGAACAUUUAACCAACAAACUUAAACUAGCAUGGGGACAAGCAAAGGAGGAUGCCUUGACCCCGAUGUGGCUCCCCUUUAUCACAUAUACAGCACAACAAGACAAUGUCAUCCCCCAUAACAGCAUAUGCAUCAAUAUGACAACCAGGUUUUUCAGUGCCUGUGCGUAUUGCAGCCUCAUGCAGUGUUUGCCCAUUGAAGCUGUUCCGUUCAAACACAGCAAUUAUCUCUGGGUGUUUUUAUUCAUUACCAUAUGUCUGGCUAACGAGAUCUAAGUAGAAAUCAAAGAUACUUCUGUGGUAUAUUUAAUUGGGGGGGGGGGACAAACUGACGAAAAUGUGUUCUCGUUGCUCCUAGCAAUGAUCUUCCAUGUUGGUUCACUCCUUUUGUUCUGCAGAACCUUCAAUCAAACAGUUGGGACUUUUGAAGAACUCCAGGCAUACCUUGCGGGUUAUGUGGCUACCCUGGCUCGGGACGAUGAAAAAAGACAAGCUCAGUAAGUCUUGCAGGUGAUCCUUGAAAUUGCAUGGAAAGUAACCUCUUCAACACUCUGUAGGGUUGGUGGUGCAUAUCUACAUUAUGACAGCAGACCUGCUAAAAGGGCAUACAGACUGCAGCGCCUCCGAUUUUGGACUCAUGGGUGACCCAAGUUGCUGUGUUUUUUGUCUGUUUAUUUAUUUACUUUUCGUUAAGCAUUUCCCAGCCGCUUUCAAGUCCCGCAAAUCCACAAGCUAACUGAGACCUCGAAAACUCUUGCGGCAUCUCGGAUUUAGGGUGAAAGAGGAGAGCGCAAAAUACGGUCUGAAGCUCAACAUCAAAAAAACGAAGAUCAUGGCCACUGGUCCCAUCACCUCCUGGCAAAUAGAAGGGGAAGAAAUAGAGGCAGUGAGAGAUUUUACUUUCUUGGGCUCCAUGAUCACUGCAGAUGGUGACAGCAGUCAUGAAAUUAAAAUAUGCCUGCUUCUUGGGAGAAAAGCAGUGACAAACCUAGACAGCAUCUUAAAAAGCAGAGACAUCACCUUGCCAACAAAGGUCCGUAUAGUUAAAGCUAUGGUUUUCCCAGUAGUGAUGUAUGGAAGUGAGAGCUGGACCAUAAAGAAGGCUGAUCACCAAAGAAUUGAUGCUUUUGAAUUAUGGUGCUGGAGGAGACUCUUGAGAGUCCCGGGGACUGCAAGAAGAUCAAACUGAUCCAUUCUGAAGGAAAUCAGCCCUGGGUGCUCACUGGAAGGACAGAUCCUGAAGCUGAGGCUCCAAGACUUUGGCCACCUCAUGAGAAGAGAAGACUCCCUGGAAAAGACCCUGAUGUUGGGAAAGAUUGAGGGCACAAGGAGAAGGGGACGACAGAGGACGAGAUGGUUGGACAGUGUUCUCGAAGCUACCAGCAUAAGUUUGACCAAACUGCGGGAGGCAGUGGAAGACAGGAGUGCCUGGCGUGCUCUGGUCCAUGGGGUCAUGAAGAGUCGGACAUGACUAAACAAGAACAACAAGAGCAACAUAAGAUCACAGCAUAGAAGCAUUUUGUUGUUUUCCAGCAGAGCUGCUCAGCGAUGACAUCUUCCAGUCCAUCUAUGCUUUUUGGUUUUUGUGGGGGUUUUUUAGUAUUUCAGCUGUGUUGCCAUAACAUGUGGCACCACUGUGAGUGUCAUUGGGCAAUGGGGCAGGGGGCUUCCAAUGCACUGGCCACAAUCCAGAACCUUCCCUUAAUUAUUUUUUUAGUUUUCCAUUCAAGUUCUUUGCAUGUAUGCUUUCCACUUUGCCAUUCUCAUAAAUGAUAGUAGGAAGCUCUUAAGUACAGCUGUUUAAUUUUUUCUCAGAAAUUCCUAGCUGCAUGCAGUCUUAACCCGGGCUGCAUGCAGUUUUAGCCAUUCCAGCCCUUGUCCAAACUGACUUAGCCUGGCUCAACCUGGGAACAGCAGUUUGCUUUAUAGCAUCACUAUAUGUGCACCCUCACUGCAGACAUAAUGUCACCUUAAGUAAAAACUGAUGUGGGAUGCAUUAAUUGUAAAGGAUGGUGGCUUCAAAUGGACUCUAUCUGCUACUAGCACUGUUUUUUUUCCUUUUAGUGCCAAUCAGAACCAUGGAAACACAGGCACCCGUCACAGCAAUAUUAGGCAGUCUCAGUAUCGUUUUCAUUUUGAUCAGUUUUAAUGGAUUAUCCGAAAGACCAUUAAUGCAGAACAGGAAUCAGUGCUCAAGUUGAAGAAAUUACCAUUGGCAUUCUGACGAGAAAUUAUUUGGCCCUCACUUCAUUACAACAAACCUACAAAAGGCCACUGAGAGAUGCAAUAAAAGCAGAUGGCUGCUCAUCAAACAAAUUGCCAUUUCAGACCCGAGGUACCCAAACAGAGAGAUUGCAAUCAAUAUUUAAUGCCUCAUGAAAUGCUGCCACUAAAAAGAGACUUUCAGCAGAACAGCAGAUGACAGCUGGAAUUCAUCUGCAUGUAUUUUUGACAUGUGGAGGGGAACUCUCAAAACUUCAUUAGAAAAAGAUCGCAUUCUGUUCCUGAUCAAAUCUUCCUUUAAAAAACAACAACACUAUUUUCCUAUUAUUUAUGCUAACUUUUCUCCUGUAAGAAGACAUGGAAUUCUUUUCUCCUUUUACAUGCUAAAGACAUUCUAAUUCAAGGAACGCUGCAAGAUGUUCUUAGGAAGUCUUCUCCUCUUGAGACACACCUGCCAUCGUUACUUUGAUGACUUAUCCAGGACAAAUAACACACAACGCCUUUCCUCUGAGCCAGGAAGAAGCCAUCCUUCCUAUCCACACUGGUGGUUUCUUCUUAAAACUUCAGUGAGCUACGAAAAGGUCUUGAAACUGAGCUUGCAAAAACAAAAUAAUUUAAAUGAAUUUGGGGGUUCUUUUCCUGCCAGCUCAGUCAGAAAAGGGCCAUCUGUGAGCUCAUUGCUCCAGGUGCUUGAGGAAAGAUACCUUUGAAAGACGUGGGGGAACGUCGAAAACAUUUUUCAAAAAACGUUAUCAGACCACCGCAGCAAUUCUCGGUUGCGCGCUCAGCGAGAUUGAACUGAAGGGGGUGUUUUAUUUCUUUUUAAUGCAGAGUUUCUUCCUUGGAGCAGCUACCCAGCGACGUCUCUUUGGAGAUGAUACAGCUGAAAGAAAAAGUAACCCAGUUUCCUUCCUCCUGCCCGUUUCAGAACCUGGAAAUUGUUGCCACCCUGGGUGUUGGUGGAUUCGGAAGAGUGGAACUUGUAAGAAUUUGCCUUUUAAAUGUUUUGACUGCCGCUUCUGAUCUGAAUGUUUUGCUGUACCCGCGCCAGCGUGGAUGAUCUUGUACUUCCUAGGGCCUCAGGAUUCCCAUAUUUUCAAGUGCAUUCUCUAACGCAGGGGUUGGCAACCUAAGGUCCGCGGGUCGGAUCAGGCCCAAUUGCCCUCUGGAUCUGGCCCUCGGACGGUCCUGGAAUCGCCGCUUGGAUCGGCGUGAUCGUUCGGGCUGUGCCACUUUUUUUGCAAUUUUUUUGGGCGCCAUUUUCCACACACACACACCGCAGCGGCGCCUCCUCCCUCCCUCCCUCCCUCCUGGCUUCUCCCCGCCCCACAGAGGAAGGGAGCUGGGCUUUGAUUGGUGCCAGCAGCCAGCCAAUCCGAAGCCUUGCUGCCCGCGUGCUGACUCACCACCUGCCCUCCAGCUUCUUCACCCAUGGCAGGCAUUGUGGCGGGUGCGUCGUGAUGGCAGCGUCACAGGGCUUUGGCUGGAGCUUGGCGUGUCAUUGAGCACUUGCGAGAAACAGUAGCUCCUCUCCCAUUCUCCCUAAGAGCUACCUUCCAUUACAAUAGCGAUCAGCACAUCUUGCAAGCUGCCAAUGUUGGGGAAGGGGCAGCAGUUGGCUGGCUGGCGGAUUCCUCCAAAUAUAUAAACAGGCUAAGACUCAUUGCAGUUAAUUGGGUCAAACCAAUCAAUCAUAUCCCCCGCCACUCAUUUCUAAUGUUCAGGUUGUGAUUGCCAUUGCACAAGAGGGAGAUACCAGCAGUGUGGGAAUAGGGUUUCCAGAAUGAUAAAAACCUUUAUGAAUAAAAUCCUAAGUAAUUGGGGAGGGAGGGAAGAGAGCAAACUACCCAAUGAGGACUGAGCGUGCUCAAUGGCCAAUAGAAUGCUGAAAAGAAAAGAAAAGUAGGGAGUGGAAUUGACUGGCUGGAAUCUUGAAUGGCAGCGUGUCAUACUGCCACACUUUGUUGCAGUUCUCACGUGUUAAAUCCUCAGGUCUAGUGGUUUUCCAUAGCUUCAUAUUCUGUGGAUGCUUGAUCCUAUAGCCCCCUCCCCCUGAAUAUUUUAGAGCAGGCAUGUCCAAAGUCUGUUUUGGGGGCUUAAUCCGGCGCACCGGUUGGUUUAAUCCAGCCCCUAUGGCAGUUUAUUUCCUGGGGUAAAAUCCCAAAAAACCCUCAACACCUUCAAUCCUAAAAGAAGCUCAAGAACUUUGGUUGGCCCUUUGGCUGGUCCCCAUGGCCCUUCACUUCAUCAGAUCUGGCCCUCUUUGAAAAAAGUUUGGACACCACUGUCUUAGACAAAACCGAUCAUAUUGAAGGGCAUUUUCCUCCAAAAUUUUGUUAAUUGUAGGGUUAUAGCAUAUAUGGACGAGAACCCCUUUCCUAUCAACAUAAUUUCCAUUAUGGUCAGCACUUAUCAUUCUGUUCUGUCUACUCUGCAAAAAAAUUGAGGGACCAGGGGAGGGUGGGAGCUUAUGAUCGUGUAGCCCUUUUAAACUGUUUUUUCCCCCCCUAAUGUGAACUCAGGUGAAAGUGAAGAACGAGAACAUAGCAUUUGCCAUGAAAUGUAUCAAGAAGAAACACAUAGUGGAUACCAAACAGCAGGAGCACAUUCACUCUGAAAAGAAAAUUCUAGAAGAAGCCUGCUCUCCCUUCAUUGUGAAGUAAAUUGCUUUCUCUGUUUUCUAUUCAGCUUUAACCACUGUUAUAGAAAAUGACACAGCCCAGGUAUGCUUUAGCUUAAUAAUUUUCCAGCUUGCUCAGAUGCUUGCGUUUUAUGGGAGGUUUUGCAUUGUAUUAUUAUUUUCCCCUGGAAAUUGUAUUUUUAAUAAACAAAUUUGUUAUUGUGUAAAACAUCCUGUGUGAGUUUUGCUCAUAAAGGAUAGCCUACAAAUAAUUUUAAUUGACUGAUUGAUUUCCCUCCAAUUCCCUUCAGAAUGUACCGCACUUUCAAAGACAACAAAUACGUUUACAUGCUCUUGGAAGCCUGUCUUGGUGGUGAGCUGUGGAGUAUCCUGAGAGACAGGUAAUAAUUUAUCAUUUUUUGUUUUCUACCUGAAGAAUAACUUUUUUAAAAAAUGAUUAAGAAAGAAAGAAAGAAAGAAAGAAAGAAAGAAAGAAAGAAGCAAGCCUUAAGAUCCAUGCUCAGUGGGGCUGUGUACAGACUACAGGUUUUUAGAAACUUUUUUUUUCUUUUCUCUUUUAAUGAUUUUUAUUAAGGUUUCAAUAAAAAGUUAGACAGAAAAACAUAGAAAAGAAAUACACAAAUACACAAUACAUAAUCCAAAAAAAGAAGAAAAACACAAAAAAACAAAAAGCAAAAAAAGAAACAGAGCAAUUAAAAACAAUAUCACUUUUCAUUUCCGUUUUUGAAUUUACUUAUUUUCUGGACUUCCUCAUACCUCCCUCUUUUGUAUUCCAGUCCAAAUUGUUUGUCCAGCAUUUUCUUUUCCACUUUUUUAAUCCAAAUCUUUAAUCUUAAUAUAAUAUAACAUCAAAAUUUUACCUCUUAAGUACCAAAUUUCCAUUUCCUUAGACUUCUUUAAUCCUAAUCUUCAAUCUUACUGUAAUAUAGCAUUGAAAUUUUACCUCUUAAGUUCCAAAUUUCCAUUUCCUUAAACUUCUUUAAUCCUGAUCUUUAAUCUUAAUCUAUCAGGUUUUUAGAAACUUAACAGGGCAAUGUGAGUUAUCUUUUUUAUUAUUAUUUUAUUUUAUUUUAUUUUAUUUUUUUAUUUAUUAUUACAUUUGUAUCCCACCUUGUGGAAUGCCCUCCCAUCAGAUGUCAAACAGAUUGACAACUAUUUGACUUUUAGAAGACAUCUCAAGGGAAGUUUUUAAUGGUUGGAAUUUUAUUGUAUUUUGUUGGGAGCCACCCAGACAAAUGGGUGGCGGCUGCUUCUUCUUCUUCUUCUUCUUCUUCUUCUUCUUCUUCUUCUUAUAAUAUUAACCUUUCCUCCAAGGAGCUGGCGAACAUAGUUUCCCUCCUCCCCAUUUUUCCCUCACAACAACCCUGUGAGGUAGGUUAGGCCGAAAGCGAGUGACUGGCCCAACGUCACCCAGUGAGCUUCACGGCCAUUUGAACCCUGGUUUUCCAGGUCCUAGUCCAACACUCUAACCACUACACCACGCUACCCGUGGGGAAGUUUCUCGCAUGGUCUCUAGACAAGGGGUUUUGAAAUUACUAAAAUGUUUCAUAAACUUGCAAUAAGGGCCCCUCCAGACCUGUGUUUUGUUGCAGGUGCAUUUUACAAGUUCUUGACACAAUAUUAAUGCGUUAGUGGUGAAUUUGUGCUGCUUUAGUUUGCUCUGCAGUGCUUCCCCAGUGCUAGCACAUUAUUGCUGUCCAGAGGGGCUAAAGAGUAACCAAAGUAGGAGAUUCAUAAAAUCAGAGUUUGAAGGGACUUCCAGGAUCAUUUAGUCCAAUGCAGGAAUCUCAACUAAAGAAUCCUUGACAGAUGGCCAUUCAACCUCGGCUUAAAAAUCUCCAAUGAAGGAGAUUAAUACAGUGGUACCUCGGGUUACAUACGCUUCAGGUUACAGACUCCGCUAACCCAGAAAUAGUACCUCAGGUUAAGAACUUUGCUUCAGGAUGAGAACAGAAAUUGUGCUCCGGCGGCGCAGCAGCAGCAGCAGCGGGAGGCUCCAUUAGCUAAAGUGGUGCUUUAGGUUAAGAACAGUUUCAGGUUAAGAACGAAUCUCCAGAACGAAUUAAGUACUUAACCCGAGGUACCACUGUAUUUUGUUGGAAGCCGCCCAGAGUGGCUGGGGAAGCCCAGCCAGAUGGUCGGGGUAUAAAUAAUAAAUGAUGAUGAUGAUGAUGAUGAUGAUGAUUAUUACCUCCGGAGGGAGUCCAUUCCCCUGUCGAACAGCUCUUGCUGUUGGAAACUUCUUCCUGAUGCUAAGUCAGAAUCUCCUGUCUUGCAACUUGAAGCCAUCGGUUUGAGGCCUACCCUCUGGAGCAGGAGAAAAUACAUCACAGAACGUUUCUGGUACAGUGGUACCUUGGGUUACAGACGCUUCAGGUUACAUACGCUUCAGGUUACAGACUCCGCUAACCCAGGAAUAGUACCUCGGGUUAAGAACUUUGCUUCAGGAUGAGAACAGAAAUCGUGCUCCGGCGGCAGUGGGAGGCCCCAUGAGCUAAAGUGGUACCUCAGGUUAAGAACAGUUUCAGGUUAAGAACAGACCUCCAGAACGAAUUAAGUUCUUAACCUGAGGUAUUAAGAAACUGAAUGAUUUCAGCAGGAAGUUAUUCAAUACAAACUGACUGGUAAUGAAGCAGUGUGACUGCCCCCAAACUUUUGCACACACAAAUAGAAUUGGAAGUGGUUUGGGGCAUGACCAACCCCUAAAUAGCAUCAUGAGCACAAAUAAUCAUGAACGUGCCAUGAAAAUGAAAUCUGUAGGAGCCCUCAGGCUAUAUACUACAGCCGCAGACAUGCUUGUUUAGACCCAGCUCUCCUUGUAUCAAAUAAAACGUGAGAGAGAUAGAGGAUCUUAAUUUCUGGAGCUCAAGGAUUGCAUGGGAUAUGGAGGAACUACAGAACUAUAGCCAGUGUGAAAAAGAUGGGAAAUGUUUGCUUGUUUUCAGAGGGAGCUUUGAUGAAACCACUACAAAGUUCUGUGUUGGAUGUGUGACGGAAGCCGUCGAAUAUUUGCAUUACAUCAGUGUGAUCUACAGGGACUUGAAGCCCGAAAAUUUAAUUUUGGACGCUCAAGGAUAUAUAAAGCUGGUGAGGUUGUGGUUGGUUGGUUUGUUUUUCUUUAAUGCCCAUAACCGUACUGCAGAGAGAAGCUUGCUUUUCAUCCAGUGCCAUGCCCGUUAAAGGGAAAUUUUAAGAGCACUUAAUCCUUGAAGGCUCUGUCGCCCUCAACCCGAGGGUUAGGAAGGAAUAUUAUUCCCCUGGGUGUGUCGAUUCCACCCCCUUCCUCCCAGGUUACAAUUUUAAUUCACAAGAAUCUUCCUGUAAAUUGCUUGCUUGGUCUAAGCGGAAGGAAUGAUCCUCGAGGUCAGCAAUUGUGGGAGGCCUCCUGGGUCAGAUAUGGGCCUCUGAAGAAUAUCGUUUGCCAGCCCAAAGUCAAAGGGAACAUUCACAAAGAACGGAAACUUCCUUGCACUCCACUUGGGUAGAGUGAGGGUGGAAACCAGCAAGCCACCCGUAAUCUCCUCCUUCCAUGAACCACCCAGUUUCCGACUGAUGAAUUGCAUCCAUAUUUUAACACAGACUCUUAAUAGGUUCUUGACAUACCUGUGGGCAGCAGAACCAACGUACCCCCUCAAAAUGCUAAGGUGAAAAUAGGAUAAUGGAAGGGCCAUAGCUCAAUAUACAUGCCAAUGUUGAGAUUCAAGCCCUGGUGUCUACAAGUUGGGCUGGGAAAGACUUUUGUCUGAAACCAUGGAGAGCUGCUACUGGUUCGGGUAGACCACGGUUUCCCAAACUGGGGUCUCCAGCCUGGACUACAACUCCCAUCAUCCCUAGCUAGCAGGACCAGUGUCACUGCCUCCUGUGGGAACGAGUUCCAUAAUUUAACUAUGUGCUGGGGAAUUAAAAGUCUUUUCUGGAAGUCAGUGUAGGCACCAAGCUGCCAGAGGGAGCAGGAACAGAUGGAAGAGAAAAGCAACCUUUUCGCCAUCCUGUACAUUUUAAGUACAGUGGUACCUUGGUUCUCAAACGCCUUGGUACUCAAACAACUUGGAACCCAAACACUGCAAACCUGGAAGUGUUCUGGUUUGCGAACAUUUUUUGGAAGCCGAACAUGCUCCGUUUUGAGUGCCACACUUCCAUUUUGAGUGUUACGCUGAGGUCUGUUUGUUUUUGCUAUUUAUUUUGCGUUUUUGUUUUUGCGGCUCUUUUGUUUUUAUGACUGUGUGGAACCCAGUUCAGCUACUGAUUGAUUGUGUGACCGCAGUAUAUUGUUUACUGGUUUCAUUUUAUGGAUCAAUGGUUUUGUUAGAUAGUAAAAUCCAUGUUCAGUUGCUGUUUUAGAGGUUGUUUUUAAAAGUCUGGAACGGAUUAAUCCAUUUUGCAUUACUUUCUAUGGAAAAGUGUGCCUUGUUUUUAGAAAUGCUUUGGUUUUGGAACGAACCUCCGGAACGGAUUAAGUUUGAGAACCAAGGUACCACUGUAAAUGGUAGCCCACUUCCCUUGGCCUUCCAAAGCCCACUUGUAAAUGCCCUGGGUUGCACAAAAAUGAGAACAGCCAAAGCUAAAUGCCUCACUAUCUAAUGAUAGUAUUUGCUCUUCUCCCCAUGAGGUUGAUUUUGGGUUCGCUAAGAAGAUUGGAGCUGGGCAAAAGACCUGGACGUUCUGCGGGACUCCCGAGUACGUUGCCCCUGAAGUAAUCCUGAAUAAAGGACACGAUUUCAGCGUGGAUUUCUGGUCCCUUGGUAUCCUAGUGUAUGAGCUGCUGACAGGAAAGUAAGUGCCAUCUCAGUUACCUCAGGAAUCACUGCUUCUAUGAACUUUUUACACAAAUAAGUUAUUUGCGGUUGUUUUGCUUGGUUAUUAUAUUGUGAGGAGAGUCCAUAUUGUAGAGCCCACACCUUAUAGUUGGGAUGAGGAACCUUUUUUUAAAAAAAUGAGAGCUGUUUCUGUGGAAGUAAUUGAGGAGUGGGGCCUGCAUGCCAGCAGUGGGCAGGGGUGAAGCCAUUUGUGGGUGGGGACACAGCCAAAAGUGGGAGGGGCCAGUCCUUUUUUUCUCUUUCUGCCACCUUCUUUCUCUCUCCCAUUUUCUUGAACCCCCUUCUCUCUGUCUUCCCCCCUGUCCUGGUGGGGGGGAUGUCAUGAGAGGGUGGGAUCCAGUUCUCAGAGGACUGAAAUCAACCCUAAGGCCACCAAUUGGCCACUCACCAAUUGGCUUCUUCUCCUUCAUCUCCACAUGGUGCUCUCCUACUUCCUCUAUCUUCUUCCAACAAAACCCCUUGCUCAACCCCUUCUGUCUCAGCCAUCGCCCACCGUAAUCCUGGCAACCCCUGUUUGCCCAGACUCAAGGAUCUCUCUUUGCACUUCUUAAUAACUUCCCCCUCAGACAAUGUCUGGAACAGAAGCUUAGCCUGAAUUUUAUACUGCUAAAUCUGACACCUAUCUGUUCAUCUUGAUUCUCAAAACACUGGUUAAAUCUCAGCUCCCAGGAACCUAGGGGAAGGCAGGGCCCCCACAAAUCCGUAACAAUACAUUCAUAUUUCAGAAUGAUCUCUGUUUAAGGUUCAGUGUAGCCAAACUGUUAGGGGAUCUAGCUUUCUCCCUUCUCCUUCCUUCCUUCCUUCCUUCCUUCCUUCCUUCCUUCCUUCCUUUCUUCAUUCAGAUUUGCAUGGGCAUUAAACAGGAAAUAAUACAGCUCAGUGGUAGAGCAUCUGCUUUGCAAACAAGAGUCACCAGGUUCAAUCCCCAGUAUCUUCAUUUAAAAGCACCAGGUAGCAGGUCAUAGAUUCAUAGAAUUGUAGAGAGUUGGAAGGGACCACAAGGGUCAUCUAGUCCAACCCGGUGGAAGAGACCCUGGAUUGCUGCUACCAGUCAAAGUAGACAAUACUGGGCCGCUAGGACAAUUAGUGAGACUUCCUAUAAAACAGCUUUCUGCGAAUUUUACCUGUACCUAAAAUAGAAUUUCUCUUUUGUCAUUACUAACUCCUUUUUACUCGAGCAUUUUUCUUUUUUUCAUUUCUUCUCUCUCUCUCCCCCCAUCCCACCCCCAAUCCAUUUCUAAAAAUCGUGACAUUUACUCUAGUCCUCCAUUUUCUGGGGUCGAUCAAAUGAUGACCUACAAUUUGAUUCUGAAAGGCGUCGAAAGGCUGGAUUUUCCCAGGAUAAUAACAAAGCGGCCUGAAGACUUGAUUCGGCGGCUCUGCAGGUGAGGAGGGCAAUUUUGUCGCGAAGGUGUGAAAAGAAUACUUUAGCCGUGUUACAUUCUGCCAGGCGCCCAAAAUCAAAGCUUGUUAAACUUAAGUCAAAACCUAUCUUUUCUCACUUUUGAAGCAAAAAAGAUCCUGCUUAGAUGUUUUGGUGUUAACUAUUAAACUGAGGGUGUUUAGUUUUUGUUUUUUAAAAAAUGCAUUGUUUGCUUAAUGUUUACCGGGUGUGAGAUAUUUUAUUAUUUAUUUUACAGUGCAGUUCCAUUCAACUAUUGCUACUUGAUUGCUCUGUCCACUUUGGGCAUUCUGAGUGAAGGUAGAUAUGCACAAUCAAAGUCUAUAGCCAGGCUGCCUAUUUAUGCUCAGGCAACUUUUGCCCAGACCCAAAGCCUCACUGGGGCCUGCUGUCUCCCUGACUCUUCUCUUCAGAUUGGGCUGCACUUGUUUCUGUGUUAAUCAGCUGAAUUUUGGCUUCCCUGUUCACAUUAAAAUCUUCCUCGCAAGUUGCUAGGCAACCAACAUAAAACCGAAGACGUGAACUGGAAGUUGCUGCCAAUUCGCCCCUUGAAGGCUGAGGUUCUGAGGCCUUUACCUUGUUUUCAAAGGCCUGCUUCUUGGGACUUUGGGAUGGGCACGUCCCAUUCUUGCAAGUCCAUUGCACAUGGAGGUAAAAAAAAAAAGGGCAGGUGAUUCAACGGCCUUGCUGAAGCUGAGCCAGCCCAGUUCUUGGCUGUGCCUCAAUGGGAGACCACCUGGAGGCAGACAUCUGUCACCAGAGAAAGAGACAGAAGACCAGGCAAACUGGAAGAUCAAGGUUGCUGCAGAAGGGCAAAUGGACCCUGAUCCAGGACCUCUCUUCCAGGUCUUCUGUUUGCCCCACUUCAAGCAGCCUGGAUUCAUUGACUCAGCACCUCAGUGUCCUGAAUGAACCCCCCAUCUGUUCAUGCUCUUAGCCUCCUGUCUUAUAAUUAACUACAAGCCUGCAGCAGUUUUAAUAUGGCACACAGCGUACAGGAAGCUUCUACUCUGCUAUACCUUGAGUGAGCAAAGUAGCGAUGAUCAGAGCAUUGGUGCUGCACCCUUUGCAGUAAGGAUGAGUCGUCGCCUUUGGCUUUUAUAAUUUCUUCUGUUGUGGGGGGGAAAAUGGGGUUUGGUUUUUACAGCCUCGGCCCCCUCCCCUAUCAAGAGAAAAGAUAUCCCUUUCAUCUUGGUCAGAGAUGAAACAGUGAUGCUGUUGUGUACUGAGUUUAAUAGGAUCCAAAAUACAGCAGUCUGAUUGGUCCUAGAACAAUAGGAGUCAGAAUGCAGCAGUCUGAUUGGUCCUAGAACAAUAGGAUUCAGAAUGCAGCAGCCUGAUUGGUCCUAGAACAAUAGGAUCCAGAAUGCAGCAGUCUGAUUGGUCCUAGAACAAUAGGAUCCAGAAUGCAGCAGUCUGAUUGGUCCACAGGAGCCACCCAAUCCAGCUCCAGGUGGAAGUGAAUCCGCAACCUGAUUGGCCUACAUGAGAAUCCCGGAAUUAGCCAAUCACGUGGGGGUAUUGUGUAAAUAAUGUAUAUAAAGCAGACAUCCUGGGGGAACUUCCAUUCCUCCUCACCACUAUGAGCUGAAUAAAGAGCAUGAAAUCCACUCUCGACUCCAAGUAUAUUUCAGAGGCAACAAGGAAAACAAGGCAAGCUGUUGAUCUCUAUUGAUCUGUUUGCAAGUGGAGUCUCUACAUGCAAGGAGGCGAGGGAUCUCAGAACAAAGGUGUGUGUUAGCCCAGUGGUUCUCAACCUGUGGGUCCCCAACAUCUGGGGACCCACAGGUUGAGAAAGGCUGCCUUAGCCAAAGACCACCCACAAGCAUCAUACAAGCAACACAGAAAGAGGCGGUCUACAACAGAAAUUUGAGAACAAAAUAAAAAAAUUCCUUCCGGUAGCACCAUAGAGACCAACUGAAGACGUGUGCAUGCACAUGAAAGCUCAUACCAAUAACAAACUUAGUUGGUCUCUAAGGUGCUACUGGAAGGAAUUUUUAAAUUUUGUUUCAACUACGGCGGACCAACACGGCUACCUACCUAUAAGUAGAAAUUGUGAGAGUAUGACUUGUCCUCUGUCUGUCAAGAUCCCUGCUAAUGUUUGCUGGUUGCCUUUUCCUGGCCAGUCUGGAUCAUUCUUUUGAUACUGUGAAUGCCAUGACUCCAUAAUCCAUUAUCAACAUUUGUUAAACCUGUUUCACAGAGGGGAGGCUCGGGAAGAAUUUCCUGCUAUGUGACUAGGGGAGUCUCAAGGCUGGCUAGGGAUCAACAUGGCCGCUUUGUUGCUCUCUGUACCCUUUCAGCUCAGGUUUUACUGGUAAAAGUGAUCUUUCAUCAAGGAAUUGGCAGGUUCGUUGAGAAAACGGGACCAAAUAGGCGCACCUGGAAACUUUGCCACUCUUUAACUGAGCCAUGCUGCAAAGACCAUUUUGCACCACCUGUAGGUUUUGACAUUUUGUGGACGUGUGGUACGUGUAAAUGCACUUAUUCCCAUACAUUUAUGAUGACAUGUCAUUGAUUUUUCAUAACUCUUCUCUAUCUCUCACUUGAGAGAGAAGUUGCCAAGGGUUUCAAAGCAUGGGUAGGGAGCGCAUGCAUGCACUUGCAAACAUAGGGAGCCCAACAAAAUGAACAUUACUAGAAAUCAGCCCCACUUCCUGCGGACCAAGAGCAUGUUAUUUAUAAGGUCAUGCUGAAAGUUUCUCUGCUUUGAUUUUAAAUAUAAAGCUGGUGCAAAUGGAGGUUUUCUGGGGGAAACCCUUUGAAGUUUCAGAUCUGUUUGCUAACAGGCAACUGAAGGGUACCAGGUUGAGGAAGGCUGAUUUAGGCAUGCAUAUAUAUAUAUAUAUAUAUAUAUAUAUAUAUAUAUAUAUGAUCCAACCUGUUGAAUUGCAUUAGAACACAGAAGGUGAUAGUAUUAUUAAAUUACGAAGCUUUCAAAUUAUGGAGCAUUGACUUUGCUUUUGUUUUGUUUUGUUUAUAGGCAAAAUCCUACCGAGAGGUUAGGAAAUCUGAAGAAUGGUAUCCAUGAUAUUAAGAGGCAUAGGUAAGGAAAGGAACGGCGGGGUUCCUUGCAAACCAGGGUCGCUUCUUUUUCUCCUUCUUUUGUCUCUGAUGCUGUAGAGCAGAGGAGAAACAUGGAAGUCUUUUUGUGGCCAGAAAGGCAGGACGGAGGUGUGAUGUUGUUUCCUUCCAAGACAGAUGCGCCUCUCGUCUUAUAACCACUGAAGCCUGCUUCACUGAUCUUCUUGUUCUGAACCUUCCUUCCUAAGGUGGCUGAACGGUUUUAACUGGGAAGGACUCAAGGCAAGGAAGUUAACGUCUCCUUUAAAAAGAGAGGUACUGAGAACGUCAUACUAUGUGACAUUAAACGCUUGUCAUUUGACCAUUUGCACAAGGGUGAAGUCUCGUUUGCGUCAGAAGGGCCGAGCGGGGAUUCGAACUCUGGUCUCACAGAACCUCUCUUCCACGUCGACGGUGCUUGAUUUCAUUUGGGCAGGAUCAGUGGAUAGUUGCAAUGAGUUGCUUGACAUGAUGUUAUCCCAGCAUGCUUUGGGAAUGUGGCUAGGAAGUCGUUCAAAGCCUAUGUGCCUUAAAUGCCAUUGGGGUUGGACUAGGUGAUGAUGAUGAUAAUUGUAAUAAUUUUAUUAUUUGCACCCCACACAUCUGACGGGGUUGCCCCAGCCACUCUGGGCAGCUCCUAGCAUAUACAGAAACAUAAUCAAACAUUAAAAACUUCCCUAUACAGGGCUGCCUUCAGAUGCCUUCUAAAGAUUGCAUAGCUCCUUAUUUCCUUGACAUCUGCUGGGAGGGCGUUCCACAGGGCGGGUGCCACUACCGAGAAGGCCCUCUGCCUGGUUCCCUGUAACUUCACUUCUUGCAGUGAGGAACCGCCAGAAGGCCCUCGGAGCUGGAUCUCAGCUGAUAGUUAUGAUUCUGUAACUGCUUUUUGCCUGGUGUCCCCCUUAAGAUUUUCUUUACACGUGUUUCUUUCGCAGCUUUCUGGUCCGAUGGAUUACAGCUACUUCGACCGAUACCCUCCUGAACAGGGAACCCCACCAGAUGAGCUUUCAGGCUGGGAUAAAGACUUCUAAGAGGAGAAAAGAAGAAGCAGGCUUAUAGAUCAACAAAUUCGAGCGUCCACAGAUUGUUUGUAGUAGUCAUGUAACACAAUUGUUAGGAGCCCAACCCAGCUGCAUUCAGAUCAAGGAAACUUCUGCAUUUAGAGUGAGCUGGAUACAGAUGCGGACACCCACCCCCUUUUAUCUUGCUUUGCAACUUCACAGCAUGACAGUUUUUCGCCUUGUCCUUUGAAGGAUGGGGCAGUGGCAGUGGCGAGAAGCAUCACUCCCUGUUUAAUUGCAAGCAGAAGUAGUUCUUCAUCUCUUGUAGAGAUGUGUGACACGGUGAUACCUCGGAAGUCCAACGGAAUCCGUUCCGGAAGUCCGUUCGACUUCCAAAGCUCCUGCAGCCAAUCAGAAGCCGCGUCGGACGUUCGGGUUCCAAAGAACGUUCUCAAACCAGAACAGUCACUUCUGGGUUUGCGGCGUUCGGGAGCAAAAACGUUCGACUUGCAAGGUGUUUGGGAUCCAAUAUAUGACUGUAUUGGCAACUGUAAACCCUCAGUAUGAGGAAUGGAAAGAUGCAGGAGAGCAGAGCAGCAUUCUGAAUGGCUUCGUGGAGGUGGCCUAUUCUGGUCAUCUCCCAGGGUAAACAAAAUCCACACUUAAAAGUAGCUUUUUAAAUAUCCCGCUCAUGUUGUGAUGUACGUAAGCCCCACGUGAAGCACUCAGGAGCCAAGCUGUAUUUUAAGUAGGGCUUUAUUCCAGUAGCAGUCUUGCAUCAGCAUAAUGCAGUCUUCUUAACAUCCAGGAAUUGGCAUACACAGGUGGGAUUACUGCAUACGCAUAUGCACCAUACAUAUGCAUUCCUACAGAAAAAUGCUAUUAAUAUCUGUGCAGAGAGGAGCUAAAAGGAUUGUGCAAUAUUGUUACAAGAUGGCCAACUUACACUUUCAACAAGAAAGGCAAUUAUUGCAGAACAAUUACGUUCAGUAUGGUAGACUUUCCCCAAAAUAACUGUUCUCUGUGUGUGGGUAUAUAUAUAUAUAUAUAUAUAUAUAUAUAUAUAUAUAUAGCAGAGAUUUCAGCAUAUAUUUUUGAAGUCAAUUCCUGUGCAUUAUUGGUGCUUCACAACAUAUUGAAAAACCAUGAAGAAAAACAUAUUGAAAAACCAAAGAGCUGGAAUUGGCUGCAGCUCCUCGCUUAGUAUAUGCCUAGUGCGGAAACUUGUUUUCACUGCCCUUAGGUUUUGAUCUUUCCUAAUAUUUUUGUCGGUCUGCCUGGGGCAGGUGGUAACUGGAAACCAACAGGCCCCUAGAGGAUCACAUCUUACCCACUUGGACAAAAAGCAUUAUUCCUUUCUUGACUGGCCAUGUUUUAACAGAGAGAGAUUUUUAAAAGCAUAGGUCCUGUUUCUAUUUUGUAGAAAAUGUUUAGUCUUCCAGUCUAAUUGAAAAAACAAGUUGAAUUAGAAAUAGAAAUCAAAGACCUUUUUGUUUCUUCCAUUGUGGAGCAGUGGCUCGAUGGCAAAAAUGCAGAGAGCGACAAAGGAAGCUGUCAUAUUUCACAUCAGGCCAUCUAGUUCAGUGUUGUCAACACUGGCUGGCAACAGCUCUCCAGUGUGGUCUUUCCCAGUCCUAUCAGCAGAUGCCAGAAAAUGAACUUGGGCAGAUAAAGCAUGUGCUCUGGCCUUUCCAAGAUCUAAAGCCCGAGGUUCAUGAAGGAGAUACUUACAUGACCCAGUUUAGGGACUUCAGGUGUAGCCUUAUUAGACUUUACCGAUUGGUGGGCUCUGCGUUGCUCCCGGACGGGAGGAAGGAGGUCAAAUGACGCCGAGGGUUGGUUCAGAGAAAGAGUUCUUUUAUUCUGCUCUCCGGAUAGCAGAAGGCACUUGCGUGGUCAGUCCACAGCAAGUCCAAAGAAAUGAGAGAUUACAUGCAGUAUAUAUAUCCUCCAGGCACCCUCUCCCCCCUUCCCCAGGAAUCGAGCCACGUCAGCUUGUACACGCAGGUUGACAUCACAGAUGUUCCUGCUCCGGCACUCUUAACCAUAAAAGGGCAUUCCUUCCUAUACUUCUGACCAUAAAAGGAUAUCCCUCCUGUACUUCUGAUCAUAAAAGGAUCUUCCUGUUCCUACUCUUAUCUUGGAGCAAGAGGUCACCAUCUCCAAGAACACCCUCUGGCACUGUUCCCAGACUAGGUCUGUGCGUCUUUUCUGGUCAGGAUAUAAGAUAAGACACAGAUGUGUCUUCCCUGUUCUACUGGUACAGUCAAGGCCAUCCUUGCCAUCACAAACUGAUAAAGGAGAGGGCUCUGAGCACUUGUUUAUACAGCUGGGUUUCAGCUCAAGAGCUCAAGUUAAAGCAUUUUAGCUAAGGAAAAAUAGGGAUUUUGGUGCAGUUUCAAACUGCCUGCACAGUCAGUUUUGGGUUUGGGAAACCCAUUCCUUCACAGGCACUUCUGAAGUUCAACCCCACAGACUGACAGCAGAACAGCAAAGGGGUUGUGUGUUUUUUUCCUGUGACCCUGUAUCUCUGGAAGGGGUGAUAACCAGGGAUCCUACAAGGGUGGCAUGAUGAAGUCUUGUUGGAGGACACCGCCAGCUUGAGGAUUCGCUACUGCCACGUUGUGACAAUGGCUGCGUAGGAAGGCAGUGGCCUGCUUUCUAAACCCUUCUCAGGGAGAUGGUGCCAUAGCAUUUGACCACCUGGUGUGAUAAUGAACUUGGGGGAAGUCGGCACAAAUCAAAGUUCCCACUUGCUUUUGAAUCUUAGGAGCAGCGGCUGUCAAUAACAUUAUUUGUUGAAAAAAAUUGGUGCAACACAGCAGGACCGUGAGCAGCGGAAAAGGUGCCGCUGGGAUCGUUGUCAGAUCAUAUAAUUCACACAUUCAAGGCCCAGUACCACCAGUUAAAAGAGGGCUCCUGGCAAGGCUGGGGAAGAUUUGUGCCUGGGAUUUGGGGGAGCUGUUGCCAGUCAAAGGAGACUUUCCUGGGCGAGGUGGUCCGUCUCUGCAUAAGGCAGCUGCAGAAAUAAUAAUAAUAAUAAUAAUAAUAAUAAUAAUAAUAAUUUAUUUAUUUAUACCCUGCCCAUCUGGCUGGGUCCCCCCAGCCACUCUGGGCAGCUUCCAACAAAAUAUUAAAAUAUAAUAGUCCUUCAGAUAUUAAAAGCUUCCCUAAACAGGGCUGCCUUCAGAUGUCUCCUAAACGUCUGGUAGUUUUUUUCCCUUUGACAUCUGGUGGGAGGGUGUUCCACAGGGCGGGUGCCACUACUGAGAAGGCCCUCUGCCUGGUUCCCUGUAACUUGGCUUCUCACAGUGAGGGAACCGCCAGAAGGCCCUCGGCACUGGACCUCAAUGUCCGGGCAGAACAAUGGGGGUGGAUACACUCCUUCAGGUGUACUGGACUGAGGCCGUUUAAGGCUUUAAAGGUCAGCAGCAACACUUUGAAUUGUGCUUGGAAACAUCCUGGGAGCCAAUGUAGAUCUUUCAAGGCUGGUGUUAUGUGGUCUCGGCAGCCAUUCCCAGUCACCAGUCUGGCUGCCACAUUCUGGAUUAGUUGUAGUUUCCGGGUCAGCUUCAAAGGUAGCCCCAUGUAGAGCGCAUUGCAGUAGUACAAGCGAGAGAUAACUAGAGCAUGCACCACUCUGGCGAGACAGUCUGCGGGCAGGUAGGGCCUCAGCCUGCGUACCAGAUGGAGCUGAUAAACAGCUGCCCUGGACACAGAUUUGACCUGUGCCUCCAUGGACAGCUGUGAGUCCAAAAUGACUCCCAGGCUGCGCACCUGGUUCUGCAGUGGCACAGUUACCCCAUUCAGGACCAGGGAGUCCUCCACACCCGCCCGCCUCCUGUCCCCCAGAAACAGUACUCUGUCUUGUCAGGAUUCAAGGCAGAGAUGGAAAAUGUAUUGGGCCUUUGGCUGUUAUUGAACCACAACUCCCAUCAGCCCUAGUUAGCACACCCAAUGCUCAAGGGUAAUGGGAGUUGUAGUCCUUGUAGUGUCGGGGGGGGGCACCUGGUGACUCAUCCCUGAUCCUAUAGAAAACACUCAAGUGCUUGCUGGUACCAGUUAGUAAUACCAAAGACUGUGCGGUGUCUCCAAGAUCUGUGUCUUCUUUAGUGCACAUCAUCUAUAUUUUUGUGCCCCGUUUCUAGAAGGUAUCAAAAAUGUAAAGGCUGUAAAACUUUUUUUAAAAAGAGAAAAUAGAUGGGUUGUUUUUUUCCAGUUUAUUUGUAUAUAUGCCCAGUUUUCAUAUAUGCCUAUUUUUUAAAUGAGAAAGUAUAUGUUGGUUUUAUUACACAAGAGUGCUGCUGGUAUGUACACACAGGGAGAGAAAUGCCUUCGUCCUUUUUAAACCGGCUGUAAAAUGCAUUGUGUGCACAAAUAAAUCUAUAACACGGCACCUUCAACAUGCUGUUUGUGUUUUCCAACACCCUCCUUCAUGGCUGGCCAGAAUGCGG